AUGAACGAAGUACGUUACAUUCACAUGUGAAGACGUAACCUAUUUAUGGUACGUUUGUGCUGUGACACAGCAAUGCCUCUUGGCUGUUGUUGUUGAAAUCCUACAUAAACUAGUCUGUAACUGGGGACUUCAUGCUACUGUGGCUAUCCUUAUUGUGUGGUAGUUCAUGUGUUAUGGUCCAGUAUAACACUGUGGUAAGGGUGAAAUAAUCAUGAAAGCUCAUGGUAUGCCAUAUGAACGUCAACAUAGGCUACUAUUCACAUUCUAGUCGGCAGGAUCUGUGUUUGGGUUUUGAAAACAGAGUUGCUCUGCCACAGUGAGAAAAGUCAUGUGUGAUUGUUGAUGUGUACAGUAGCAGCCUGUAAACUUACGUGAGUGUAAUUUGAGAGAGUGAUAUCAAUCCCGUGGUCGUCUCUGACUCCGGUGUCGUUGUGUUUGUGUGUUCUGCUCUCCUCAGAGCGGCUUCACUCCUCUCCACAUCGCUGCUCACUAUGGCAACAUCAACGUGGCCACGCUUCUGCUGAAUCGAGGCGGCGCUGUGGACUUCAUGGCCAGGGUAAGGAUGCUCCGCCCUCUGCUGGACAGGAGGAGCUACUAACAACAGUCCACUACACUCUAUGGAGCAAUACCCAUACACCACAACCCAAAUUACUCACACAAUGCUCAGAACCUCCCCACCCCCCUCCCACAGCCUGUACUCAUGUCAUAUUGUGAUAGUGUUGUUAUCAUAACAACACAUAACAACGAGUGAAACAACUGACCCAACAACGUUAGAGGUUAGCUUAAUGGGUAUCAAUGACAGCCUGUAAUUAUAUGAAACGGCUGCGUCUGGCUGUAAUGUUUGUGUUUCUGUUUGAAGUCGACAGUAAUUAAUGAUUAGCUCCACAGUAAAUUACACAAGAGAUGGCUUAUAAAUAAUACUCAACAAUGGACAGCUUUACUUCCCCUUAGUUAAACACACCACACAUACCUUUCAGAAUACUUUGAAUAUCAGUCUGUCAAAUUAUUGUUUGUUUGUGAAAUUAUUAUGUUUUUGUAACAAUAGAAGGCUCGCAUCAUUCUGUUACUGGAUUCAGAUGCUAUUUAGUUUUACUCACAGGACAAAGUAUUACCAUAUGGACGACAUCCAAAUAAUAUUCACAGUUCUGUACUGUGUGGCUCACUCCUACCUCCUCUCUGUGUUGUAACAGAAUGACAUCACACCUCUCCAUGUGGCAUCUAAAAGAGGAAAUAGUAACAUGGUCAAACUGCUGUUGGACAGAGGCUCCAAAAUAGAUGCCAAGACCAAGGUGAGUGCCUGCACAGAAUUAAAUGCAGGUUGGUAUUUAUUGCGAUGACUCAUGUACUGGAGGCAGCUCUGCGGAGUGGUCACUAGCCGGCACAGACACAAAGUCAUACAAUCUGAUUUUAAACCUAACCCUACCCUUAACCCUAACCAUACAGCUAACCCUAAUGCCUAACCCUAACCUUAAAUUAAAACCAAAAAGCACAUUUUAGUUUCAUGAAUUUGAACAAUGUAGCCAAUUUUGACUUUGCAGCUGGCCCAUCUAGAGGAAAUCGCUCAGUUCUGCCUCCAGGGCAAGACUCAUGACAAUAAACGUCAACCUGCUAAUUAAAUACAACACUGUGUAUAUAUGUCUAUAUGAGUGCCUUCCCUUCUAUAUGAGGCCUACAGGACUUGUUUUUAGUGGUAGCAGUAGGCAUGUUGUCAUGUACAGUUGAAGUCGGAAGUUUACAUACACUUAGGUUGGAGUCAUUAAAACUCGUUUUUCAACCACUCCACAAAUUUCUUGUUAACAAACUAUAGUUUUGGCAAGUCGGUUAGGACAUCUACUUUGUGCAUGACACAAGUAAUUUUUCCAAAAAUUGUUUACAGGCAGAUUAUUUAACUUAUAAUUCACUGUAUUACAAUUCCAGUGGGUUAGAAGUUUACAUACACUAAGUUGACUGUGCCUUUAAACAGCUUGGAAAAUUCCAGAAAAUGAUGUCAUGGCUUUAGAAGCUUCUGAUAGGCUAAUUUACAUAAUUGGAGUCAAUUGUAGGUGUACCGUGGAUGUAUUUCAAGGCCUACCUUCAAACGCAGUGCCUCUUUGCUUGACAUCAUGGGAAAAUCAAAAGAAAUCAGCCAAGACCUCAGAAAAAAGAUUGUAGACCUCCACUAGUCUUGUUCAUCCUUGGGAGCAAUUUCCAAACGCCUGAAGGUACCACGUUCAUCUGUACAAACAAUAGUACGCAAGUAUAAACACCAUGGGACCACGCAGCCGUCAUACCGCUCAGGAAGGAGACUCGUUCUGUCUCCUAGAGAUGAACGUACUUUGGUGCGAAAAGUGCAAAUCAAUCCCAGAACAACAGCAAAGGACCUUGUGAAGAUGCUGGAGGAAACAGGUACAAAAGUAUCUAUAUCCACAGUAAAUGAGUCCUAUAUCGACAUAACCUGAAAGGCUGCUCAUCAAGGAAGAAGCCACUGCUCCAAAACCACCAUAAAAAAGCCAGACUACGGUUUGUAACUGCACAUGGGGACAAAGAACAUAAGUUUUGGAGAAAUAUCCUCUGGUCUGAUGUAACAAAAAUAUAAUUGUUUGGCCAUAAUGACCAUCGUUAUGUUUGGAGGAAAAAGGGGGUAGCUUGCAAGCCGAAGAACACCAUCCCAACCGUGAAGCACGGGGGUGGCAGCAUCAUGCUGUGGGGGUGCUUUGCUGCAGGAGGGACUGGUGCACUUCACAAAAUAGAUGGCAUCAUGAGGAAGGAAAAUUAUGUGGAUAUAUUGAAGCAACAUCUCAAGACAUCAGUCAGUAAGUUAAAGCUUGGUCGCAAAUGGGUCUUCCAAAUGGACAAUGACCCCAAGCAUACUUCCAAAGUUGUGGUAAAAUGGCUUAAGGACAACAAAGUCAAGGUAUUGGAGUGGCCAUCACAAAGCCCUGACCUCAAUUCUAUAGAAUAUUUGUGGGCAGAACUGAAAAAGCGUGUGCGAGCAAGGAGGCCUACAAACCUGACUCAGUUACACCAGCUCUGUCAGGAGGAAUGGCCCAAAAUUCACCCAACUUAUUGUGGGAAGCUUGUGGAAGGCUACCCUAACCGAUUGACCCAAGUUAAACAAUUUAAAGGCAAUGCUACCAAAUACUAAUGGAGUGUAUGUAAACUUCUGACCCACUGGGAAUGUGAUGAAAGAAAUAAAAGCUGAAAUAAAUAAUUCUCUCUACUAUUAUUCUGACAUUUCACAUUCUUAAAAUAAAGUGGUGAUCCUAACUGACCUAAGACAGGGAAUUGUUACUAGGAUUAAAUGUCAGGAAUUGGGAAAAACUGAGUUUAAAUGUAUUUGGCUAAGGUGUAUGUCAACUUGCGACUUCAACUAUAUAUACCUAACUGCCUAACAUGCAGUACUUUGUCAUUGAUGAAAGAUCAUGUUAUAUUUUUUAACUCUGUUCUAUUACAGUAUGUAUGCGUUCACUUAAAUAUUAUCAAGAUAUGUGUUUUUCUGCAUUUCAGUCCAUAGUGGGCUGAGUGUUUCGUAAGCUCCCCCACUCUAUGGUCUAAUUGACCGUGUUGUUGUGUGUAGGAUGGGCUGACACCUCUUCACUGUGGAGCGAGGAGCGGUCAUGAACAAGUGGUUGAGAUUCUGCUGGACCGCGGAGCCCCCAUUUUGUCCAAGACAAAGGUAGCACCUGCUCCUAUCAUUUACUUGGUUACUAAAAUGAUAGCACUUGCAUCUACCUUAUUGUAAAACACAUGCUCAUCCAGGUAACAUUUGCAGAGCAUUGAUCUAAAGUUGUGUUUGCAAAUAUCUCCUACCACUGAUAGAAUUGUGAUUGUCACAGAACGUUGCUGUGAUGUAACAUUUUCAACUGCUACAGAACAUAUACCGUUAUGUCUGUAACCCUUUCAGAACGGGCUGUCCCCCCUGCACAUGGCCACUCAGGGCGACCACAUCAACUGUGUCCAGCUCCUCCUCCAGAACGAUGUCCCUGUUGAUGAUGUCACCAACGACUACCUGACAGCGCUACACGUGGCCGCCCACUGUGGACACUACAAAGUGGCCAAGCUCAUAGUGGACAAAAAGGCCAACCCUAAUGCUAAAGCACUGGUGAGAAAGAAGGGGUGGAGAGAUAGUCAGGGUGUACAAAUUCCAAGUUCAAAAUGCUAUUGUCCAUUUUAGUUAGAAAUGGACAUUUAUAAACUGCAUAAUUAAAAGAGCACCAUCAUAAGUGUUAGUUAAAAAGCAGCUUUCAGUGCCACAUUACGCUGGUCCACAUUUCAGUGGUCUCCUUUUGGUUGCUAUUUAGCUGUGUAAUUUCUGUGGGUACCUUUCAUAGCAGCAUUUCCAUGCACACAGAAUCCUGAACCUGCGACCUGAGAGGUGGGAGAGGGUGGGACGGAUUUGUCCCGUCAUUCUGCUGACUGCUCUUGUUUAUUGUUCCGGGAGUUGUGUCUGUUUGUGUCCUCAGCCCCUGGGUGGGGUCGCAACUGUCCUUUUCUUCAGCCAGGCUCACUUCCUGACUGCAGAGUAACUUCCCCUUUUCAUACUGAUAAAAGUAAUCAGAGCUGUGACAGUGCACGUCCGUCCUUCAGUACUGGACCAUUCACAACAACACAGUGGAUAGAUUCUUAGAGCUCUCAUAUAGAUACUUCAAAUGGCUUUGGUUUGAUGAUCUGCAGAGCUACAUUGUGUGUUUGAGAGUGUAUGUUUGCGUGCCUGUGUGUAUGUGUGUGUGUGUGUGUGUUUGAGAAUGUAUGUUUGCGUGCCUGUGUGUAUGUGUGUGUGUUUUGAGAGAAAACACUGUCUUGGCACACAUCACUAAGUAUGUUGUCAUGCUUUGUGGUGACUGAAACCAUGGGUGUGGUGGCUCUGAGGUUUACUGGCAAGAAGAAACUGUGUGGACAGUUGUAACACUAUUGUGGCAUAAAACUCAGUUAGGUUUACAAUAAGAUGUUCCUCUCUCACAUGUUUAUACUACAGAAAAAAUAGGGGUAAAAAUAAACUGCUAUUUUCCUUAAACUAAGAUCUGUGCCAAAAUACCUGAGGAGUUGAGUGGUUUCUAUUUAUAGACUGGGUUUUGUGGUUUUAUGUUUAUAGAACGGCUUCACCCCGCUUCACAUCGCCUGCAAGAAGAACCGUGCCAAAGUGAUGGAGCUGCUGCUGAAGCACGGAGCAUCGAUCCAGGCUGUGACAGAGGUACGCUAGGGUUAGAGGGUUGGGCUGUGCCUGGGGUAACACGCAGGGCGUUAGGGGUAGGAAGGACAGACUGGGCUGGGAACUUCAAAGAUCAUAGACAGAUUCAUAAUUUGGUUUAGGUACAGCUGUGUGUUUACCUUACUCUAAGACAUACUGUAGGUACAGCUGAACACAGGCUAUUGAUUGUUGACUAUCAUUGUGAUUUUCUUGCAGUCUGGACUCACUCCUAUUCACGUGGCAGCCUUCAUGGGACAUGAGAACAUUGUCAACGCACUGACGCAUCACGGAGCUUCGCCCAACACCACCAACGUGGUGGGUGUUUCACUACACUCAGCUCUACAGAAAUUAAACUCAAAACAAUUAGCUAGUCAAAAUAGAGGAAUACAUACCAUGCAGGUUACGUGUGUGUGUGUCACGUUCGUUUAAUGACGGGACAGACCAAGGCGCAGCGUGAUAUGCGUACAUGUUUAUUGAAACUAUUAAACACACGACAAAACAACAACCGAAACGAAACGUGAAGUCCAAGAUAGCGCACACACAACAUACCUUAACCGGAACAAGAUCCCACAACUACACAGUGCCAAUAGGCUGCCUAAGUAUGGUCCCCAAUCAGAGACAACGAGCGACAGCUGCCUCUGAUUGGGAACCACACCGGCCAACAUAGAUCUAUACAUACUAGAAUACAACAUAGAACAAGCACAACAAGGAAUAUACACACCCUGACUCAACAUAUAAGCAUCCCCUGAGUCAGGGCGUGACAGUGUGUUUGGUUUUACUAUCCUUGUGGAGAUCAGAAGUCCUCACAAGGAUAGUAAAACAAGGAAAAUUUGGACAAGUGGGGACAUUUCACCGGUCCCCACAAGGAAAAACGCUAUUUUAGGGGUUAAAGUUAGGGUCAAGGUUAGGUUUAGGGUAAGGGAAAAUAGGAUUUUGAAUGGGAAUCAAUAGUUUGGUCCCCACAAGGAUAGUAAAACAAACGUGUGUGUUCCAGAGGGGCGAGACAGCGCUGCACAUGGCAGCCCGGGCGGGUCAGGCGGACGUGGUGCGAUUCCUGCUGCAGAAUGGAGCUAAGGUGGAGACCAAGGCCAAGGUGAGCAGAGGUCAGGGGUCAGGGAGUCCUCCACACACACCUUCGUUGUCUAACUGGGUUGUGAAACAAUGUGGUGUCACUUUUUUCAACGUUGUGAAGUGACUGGACAGAGUAUAAUAGUGUUUGUCUCCCUCCAGGACGACCAGACGGCGCUGCACAUCUCCAGCCGGCUGGGGAAGGCCGACAUUGUCCAGCAGCUGCUGCAGACUGGGGCUUCUGCCAACGCUGCCACCACGUCAGGCUACACACCUCUCCACCUGGCUGCCCGCGAAGGUCACGAGGACGUAGCCGCCAUGCUGCUGGACCAGGGUGCAUCGCUCUCAGCCUCCACUAAGGUCAGUGUGAUUGAGUUAGGGUCCAACCAGAAAAUGAAAAGCCAGCACUCACAAAUAAAGAAUUACUUAGAUGUAUUAUUAGCAGUUCAGUCAUGGUGGUUGUGGUUUAGUCAGUUGAUGAUCAGCGGAGUCAGGCUAAGGACAGUGUGGAUUAAACAUUACUACCAUUGAUUGGAGAACAAUAGUCCUUUGAAGCCGCUGUUCCUCACCACUGGUGUUUCUUGUUCAUUUCCUAAACCUUAUCAGGAUGAAAAUGACAUGGAAGCUAAUUUCCUUAUGCUUCCACACAUGUAAUUGAGCUACAGAUCUUAAUCUUAAUUUGACCUAUAUUGUUACAGCAAAAUAAUCCCGCAGCAACAGGGUUUGAACAGUUAGUCCGUAAUGUUGCUUGAUCGGUGGUUAGGCUAUUAGCUGACCAAAAGUAGGCUACAUGAAAAGUGCAAUACUGUUAAUAUAACCAUGUGUUAGUGUGGGUUUUCAGUGAAUUUAUGUAAAUCACAAAGCUCAUCAUGCGUUGCAGGAAAAUUCGCACCAACAAAUAGUGAUCAAAUUAAGACCCUACAUCUGUAUGAUCGUCUUGAAGGUCAAAGAAGAGUGUUUCAUAGACUUUGGGGAAUUGGUGCGUGUGUGCGUGCGUGCGCAUGUAUAAUGUGGCAGUGUAUAUUGCCGAGGGAUGUCCUUGAAGGUGACACCCUGUCAGAGGAAUAGAUUAAUGAAGGGUAAACCCCACUGUGCCUCAAUCUCUCUCUCUCUCUAUCUCUCUCUCUCUAUCUCUCUCGCUCUCUAUCUCUCUCUAUCUCUCUCACUCUCUAUCUCUCUCGCUCUCUAUCUAUCUCUCUCUCUCUCUCUCUCUCUCUCUCUCUCUAUCUCUCUCUCUCUCGCUCUCUCUCUCUGUUUCUAAAACACAAACUAUAUAUGAGGGGACAGUACCUUAGACAGCUGUCCAGAGAGAUGACGUCAAGUCACAGAUGUCCAGUUGAUUGGCUGUGUUGGUACUGCACAGUACAGUGACUGCAGAGGGCACCAAACCGAACACACAGCCAUUUUGUUCCAUUUGGCUUUGUUAGUGUAUCAACUUGUUUUAACAAUAACACCAUGGAGGAUCCUCUUUGGACCAAGAAGGAGAAUACCUUUGGAGAUGUUAGAAAAUAGACAAUGGCAUCUGAAGAAAAGUAGGCCAUAACGGGACAUCAAAAUCACAUGGCAGUAUUGAGCGUGAAUUACGACAUAAGGACAAUUAGGCCAAACGUUGCUGUGUGUGAAAUGGGAGUUUUCUGUGGGAGUUCCACAUCACUCUGGAAAAUAUGAUAUAAUGUCUUAAAAUACUCUCCUUAACACAGAGGGACUUCGCCAAGAUUAACAUGAUAACAUUAUGCGCUAUCCUUUUAUAGAUGAGGAAUAGGAUAUGAAAAACAGACCCAGUGACAUAUUCUCUCAGGGUAUCACAACUCACUGAGCAAGACAAACACAUUUUCCACCCACCAUACUUUCUUUCACAUGGCCAUGAAGCUAAAGUGAACGAGACCCUACUCUAAGGUUAUUUGACAGUAUGCAGUUCCAGUGUCCCGUCCCGUCCUUUCCUGUUAUUGAAAGGUUUGCAACGUUGCACAACCUUGCACAUCUUGAACAGAUAGUGCUGUCAGUUAGUUUAGUGCUGUCCGGGAAUCCUUGGGAUGGCCCUAACCUAAACCCUAACCUUAACCAUAACCCUUACCUAUCCCAAACCUUAACCAUUUAAAAUUUCAACUUGGCUGUCUCAGGUUGAUGAUGUGUCUCCUGAUGUCUUCUACAGAAAGGUUUCAGUCCUCUUCACGUGGCAGCUAAGUAUGGGAAGAUGGAAGUGGCCAGCCUGCUUCUUCAGAAGAGAGCAGCUCCGGAUGCAGCUGGAAAGGUGGGAUAUGUGAAGAGAACAACCCUUGAAAUACAAUAACAUUCGCUUGGCCAUAGAAUUAGAAUUGCUUCUAGUUCUAUGAGAUUGAUUGUGAUGUUUGAGACCAAUAUCAUUCAUUCUAAUAGAGUGAGUGAGAUAGUAGAUCUUCACUCUCCUCCUCCCCUCCACUGUCCCCACUCCUCCACUCUCCCCUCCACUCUCCCCCUCCCCUCCACUGUACCCACCCCUCCACUCUCCCCUCCACUCCUCUCCCCUCCACUCUCCCUUCCACUCCACUCUCCCCUCCACUCUCCCCCUCCCCUCCACUGUCCCCACCCCUCCACUCUCCCUUCCACUCCACUCCACUCUCCCUUCCACUCCACUCUCCCCUCCACUCUACCCUCCCCUCCUCUCCACUCUCCCCUCUGUUGGAAUGGAUGUCAUACGUCAUCCUGUAGGCCUUUGGCCUCCUUUCCUGGUCUCACCCCCGUCCCUCUGAAAAGGAACAUAACCCUACUGGAGAUAGACUGUAGGAGCUGCAGCUGGACUGAGGCAAAUCAUGACUUCUCCCAAGACGGCACAGUUAACAGAUGCUUUUCCUCCUCUAAAACAUUAUGGCAUGCACUCAUUCACCCUCUUCUGAGACACACAGAUGCGUACGGACAGACACAUACACACACAAACACACACACACCAUACUUAUGAGGAGCUUACUGGGACUAAUUAUGUGUCAGAUCAGUGUCUGUGUCCAGCCAUCUGAAAGUGCUUAACGUAAUGGCAAGCAGGUAUGGUAAUGAAGAUGGAGGAGACUUAAAAAAAAACAUGUUUGUGAUUUAAUAGUGCUUGGUGGUGUCACGCUAAAACAAGUCCCCAUCUAAUGGUGUAUCCAAACUGCAGCAAAAUAAUAUGCAGGCUGUCAGGCACACACAAUAACAUCAUUUUGUUUCCAGGGUGACUAUGUCACUAGAAAUACCUUUUUCUGUUGAGUAUAUUUAUGUUGAAAUAUUCUGCAUUUUGCUAGCUGUGUGGAUGCACUGUAGAUGGGCUUCAUUCAGCUCAUUGGUGUCAUGCUAAAACUGGUCCCCGUCUGAUUGGAUUCCAUUGGCUUUUCCUCCUGUUCUGCUGUUUAUGUUCUGGCUUCCUCCCUGGUGCUUUGGUGUUUGGGCUCCUUCUAACGCGGUGUUGCGUGUGUGUGUGUUUGUGUGUGUGUUUUAGAGUGGGCUAACUCCACUGCAUGUAGCUGCUCACUACGAUAAUCAGAGAGUGGCUCUACUGCUUCUGGAUCAGGGAGCAUCUCCCCAUGCCGCCGCCAAGGUACUUCACUCAGACACACACACACAGUGUCAUACACAGUGUGUGUCACACACACACACACACACCAUAUCAGGCGUUAUGACUAGUACCAUACUGGUUUGGGUUUAUUGAUCUGAUUUAAAGCAGGCAUAAGGCAGAUUUUUUACAUUUUGGCCCAUAGUACCAGCUGAUAAACAUUACAGUACCAGCUGAUAAACAUUACAGUACCAGCUGAUAAACAUUACAGUACCAGCUGAUAAACAUUACAGUACCAGCUGAUAAACAUUACAGUACCCGCUGAUAAACAUUACAGUACCCGCUGAUAAACAUUACAGUACCAGCUGAUAAACAUUACAGUACCAGCUGAUAAACAUUACAGUACCAGCUGAUAAACAUUACAGUACCCGCUGAUAAACAUUACAGUACCCGCUGAUAAACAUUACAGUACCAGCUGAUAAACAUUACAGUACCAGCUGAUAAACAUUACAGUACCCGCUGAUAAACAUUACAGUACCAGCUGAUAAACAUUACAGUACCAGCUGAUAAACAUUACAGUACCCGCUGAUAAACAUUACAGUACCAGCUGAUAACGCAAUGAUUAAUCAUUAACUCGUGUCUGUUAUACACUGUUUCUUUGUCUCUUGUCCUUGGCCUGUUUGGAUUGGCUUAACUCUAAAGACAUGUACUUUUUACUGAAGUGUGUGCAUCCUGUUACAAACUGAAUGUUUUACCCAACGAGGAUGAGAGCAGAAUAGGAGAGGAUAGAAGGGAUUUAACUUCCAUUGCUGUCUUUCAAAGAGGAACCAUGAAUACAAUGAUGUACUGUAGGCUAGCCUAGUACAGUGGGGGAAAAAAGUAUUUAGUCAGCCACCAAUUGUGCAAGUUCUCCCACUUAAAAAGAUGAGAGAGGCCUGUAAUUUUCAUCAUAGGUACACGUCAACUAUGACAGACAAAUUGAGGAAAAAAAAUCCAGAAAAUCACAUUGUAGGAUUUUUAAUGAAUUUAUUUGCAAAUUAUGGUGGAAAAUAAGUAUUUGGUCACCUACAAACAAGCAAGAUUUCUGGCUCUCACAGACCUGUAACUUCUUAUUUAAGAGGCUCCUCUGUCCUCCACUCGUUACCUGUAUUAAUGGCACCUGUUUGAACUUGUUAUCAGUAUAAAAGACACCUGUCCACAACCUCAAACAGUCACACUCCAAACUCCACUAUGGCCAAGACCAAAGAGCUGUCAAAGGACACCAGAAACAAAAUUGUAGACCUGCACCAGACUGGGAAGACUGAAUAUGCAAUAGGUAAGCAGCUUGGUUUGAAGAAAUCAACUGUGGGAGCAAUUAUUAGGAAAUGGAAGACAUACAAGACCACUGAUAAUCUCCCUCGAUCUGGGGCUCCACGCAAGAUCUCACCCCGUGGGGUCAAAAUGAUCACAAGAACGGUGAGCAAAAAUCCCAGAACCACACGGGGGGACCUAGUGAAUGACCUGCAGAGAGCUGGGACCAAAGUAACAAAGCCUACCAUCAGUAACACACUACGCCGCCAGGGACUCAAAUCCUGCAGUGCCAGACGUGUCCCCCUGCUUAAGCCAGUACAUGUCCAGGCCCGUCUGAAGUUUGCUACAGUGCAUUUGGAUGAUCCAGAAGAGGAUUGGGAGAAUGUCAUAUGGUCAGAUGAAACCAAAAUAGAACUUUUUGGUAAAAACUCAACUCGUCGUGUUUGGAGGACAAAGAAUGCUGAGUUGCAUCCAAAGAACACCAUACCUACUGUGAAGCAUGGGGGUGGAAACAUCAUGCUUUGGGGCUGUUUUUCUGCAAAGGGACCAGGAUGACUGAUCCGUGUAAAGGAAAGAAUGAAUGGGGUCAUGUAUCGUGAGAUUUUGAGUGAAAACCUCCUUCCAUCAGCAAGGGCAUUGAAGAUGAAAUGUGGCUGGGUCUUUCAGCAUGACAAUGAUCCCAAACACACCGCCCGGGCAACGAAGGAGUGGCCUCGUAAGAAGCAUUUCAAGGUCCUGGAGUGGCCUAGCCAGUCUCCAGAUCUCAACCCCAUAGAAAAUCUUUGGAGGGAGUUGAAUGUCUGUGUUGCCCAGCGACAGCCCCAAAACAUCACUGCUCUAGAGGAGAUCUGCAUGGAGGAAUGGGCCAAAAUACCAGCAACAGUGUGUGAAAACCUUGUGAAGACUUACAGAAAACAUUUGACCUGUGUCAUUGCCAACAAAGGGUAUAUAACAAAGUAUUGAGAAACUUUUGUUAUUGACCAAAUACUUAUUUUCCACCAUAAUUUGCAAAUAAAUUCAUAAAAAAUCCUACAAUGUGAUUUUCUGGAUUUGUCUUCCUCAUUUUGUCUGUCAUAGUUGACGUGUACCUAUGAUGAAAAUUACAGGCCUCUCUCAUCAUUUUAAGUGGGAGAACUUGCACAAUUGGUGGCUGACUAAAUACUUUUUUUCCCCACUGUAUAUGUGCUAGUGUGUGAUAGGAUUCAGUGCUCGUGUGUGAUAGGAUUCAGUGCUCGUAGUCCUGUGUAGCUCAGUUGGUAGAGCAUGGCGCUUGCAACGCCAGGGUUGUGGGUUCGAUUCCCACGGGGGACCAGUAUGAAAAUGUAUGCACUCACUAACUGUAAGUCGCUCUGGAUAAGAGCGUCUGCUAAAUUACUAAAAUGUAAAAUGUAAAUGUGCUGGUGUGUGAUAGGAUUCAGUGCUGGUGUGUGAUAGGAUUCAGUGCUGGUGUGUGAUAGGAUUCAGUGCUGGUGUGUGAUAGGAUUCAGUGCUCGUGUGUGAUAGGAUUCAGUGCUAAGUCGACCGCUUCAUACUGCUUGUUUGUCAUGACUGUCACAGCCUUCUGUGUUGUCCAAUAGAAAAGCAUAGUAACUUAGUUACUGCUGUUGUUGAACAGCAUAACAUUCAGACAAAGCUGUAAAUGUGCCAGAGUGGACCAUGCCCAGUGACUUAGGGUCACCUUGUUGUUGGCUUGCGGUCUCACAGGCCCUGUUGUAGUGUUGGAAAUAAUGCUCAGGUUGUCCAAUCACAUCCAAUAAAACUGUCUUGGAUAAGGAAACAUUGAAGCCUUGUAAAAUCAAUCUCUCUCUCUCUCUUUCUCUCUCUCUCCCUCUUCCUGCUCCCCCCCCCCCCCCCCCCCCCCUUCUAUAAAUCUGUGUUAGCAGGCUACAGUCGGUGUCUCUUGUCUAAAUCUACUCUUUGAGGGCUAGGCUUGGUUAGAUGUGGAGAUGGAGAGUUAUAAGUCACAUGACAGGAAACAGUCGAUGUCUUUCACAACUGCCUGGCCCUUUGUCUUCAGUCAUGACAGACAGACAGACAGACAGACAGACAGACACAGAGAGACGGCGAGAUGGAAAACUGGAAAACAGUCGUAGAAUAUACAAAUCUGAUGUAAUGCAUGAAGUCGUACUGUGUCAUCAACUUUGUUAUGAUAUGCUUGUUAUCAAGGUAUGAACGAAUAUUACAGAGGAAUGGGUAAUGGCACAUUCUCCAUGUUCUGGACUCCCUUGCUCUGAGUUACCUUAUUUCUUAUAUGACAGUCGAAGUAGGUGUCAAGAGCUUGUCUCGCUUUUCCACAGCUGCUUACUGCCUCUACCCAUGGUCUCAGCUCUGUAGAGAUUUCUUAGGAACAGUAAUGCAUUAAAGCUUUUAAAAAUAAUGUGACGAAGGGUUUUGAAGUUAGAAAUCCAUUUUAAUCCCCCAGGAUUAAUCCCCCUAUUACAUCUACCGCCCUGCACCCCCAGGACUAUUACACCCCCUACCGCCCUGCACCCCCAGGACUAUUACACCCCCUACCGCCCUGCACCCCCAGGACUAUUACACCCCCUACCGCCUUGCACCCCCAGGAUUUUUACACCACCUACCGCCCUGCACCCCCAGGACUAUUACACCCCCUACCGCCCUGCACCCCCAGGACUUUUACAACCCCUACCGCCUUGCACCCCCAGGACUUUUACACCCCCUACCGCCCUGCAUCCCAGGACUAUUCAUGGAGUUAAAGCCCCCCUGUAGUGUCAUACUGCCAGUGGAGCUCCGCUAAAGGUCCUCUCCAGGGAAACCCUUUGGGAAUGUUGCGAUGGAUCCGGCUUUAAUACCAAGCCAAAUACUCUCUUUCUGCCUGCCUGUGGCUAUUGUUGUUUAGUAGUGUGUGUCCAGUGAAGGGAGAAAAGGGUGAAAUAUGUUGUAUCUGUUAACCAAGGCCUUAAGCUAAACCAUGCAUCUAGCUAAGACUAUGGAACGUUUACAGUGUACUGUGUGUUAUCAUCUCUUUAUCUAGAACCCUAAUAAGGUCACAUACACAUACAUAAUAAUAAUAAAUAAUAGAGUAGAGUAGAAUAAUGUAGAAUAGAGUAGAAGAGUAGAAUAGAGUAGAAUAUAAUAUAAUAAAGUAGAAGAAUAGAGUAGAAUAGAGUAGAGUAGAAUAGAGUAGAGUAGAAUAGAGUAGAGUAGAAUAGAGUAGAGUAGAAUAGAGUAGAGUAGAAUAGAGUAGAAUAGAGUAGAGUAGAAUAGAGUAGAGUAGAAUAGAGUAGAGUAGAAUAGAAUAGAGUAGAAUAUAGGACACAUAGAGUGCUGAAUACUUUUCCUCUGUGUCUCUUCCUCUCAGAAUGGCUACACACCCCUCCACAUAGCUGCCAAGAAGAACCAGAUGGACAUAGGGACCACCCUACUGGAGUAUGGGGCGGACACCAACGCUGUGACCCGCCAGGGCAUCAGCCCUGUUCACCUGGCAGCACAGGAGGGCAGUGUGGACCUGGUCUCUCUGCUGCUCACCAAGAACGCCAACAUCAACAUGGGCAACAAGGUAACACACACUGUGUAUACACAGCACAAACGGUUCACUAUACUACAUCCACAUAAACACAUACACACACACACAAACACAUGCACACACCACAAACACACACUCUCACCUGGCCACACAGGAGGGUUAACUUAUGUGGAAAUUAUAUUUUUACAGCUCAACACUCAUAGGCCUUAAGACCCGACACCGUCAACACUCAAACACACACUCACACAGAACACUACAGUUCACACGCACAACCACAGACACGUGUUACACACCAGUGGCCAAGCUUUUCCAGAGGCUGAUUGAAGCCCACUGAUAUGAGCCUAGAGGGCCUGUGUCAUCCUAGUGAGCACUAGUUGAAGGUAGAUGAACACCUCUCUGUAUAGCUCCGUCUUUAGCAUGGCGGAUCAGACCAUGGCUGAGUCUCUCAUUUUCACUGACGCUUUUCACUGAGUUCAAAAGGAGCCGCAGGAUUUACCAAGUCCUUUCAAAACAAACUCCUAGCUAGCUAACUAUCCCUGUGACUCUAUAAAAACAAGGAUGAAUAAAGAGCCAUUGCUUUGACAAAGCUAUAAUACCAGCAUGGAAAAUGAAUUCUAAAUGUGUGUGUGUGUGUGUGUGUGUGUGUGCGCGAUUGGGCGUAUCUCUUUCAGAGCGGUCUCACACCUCUCCACUUAGCGGCGCAGGAGGACAAAGUCAACGUGGCGGAAGUCCUGCUCAACCAGGGGGCGGACGUCGACCCCCAAACAAAGGUGAUGGUCAUGCUGUUUCUACGGCAACCACAGGGAACAGACCGUACAGACUAUCACAGUGAAAGACCGUGGGACAAAGAGAUGCCCUUGAUUUCAACUCUCCUUGUCAAUGAUAGACCAGGGGUUAUAGAUGGUUAAUUCAUGUGUUUAGAAUAGUGCUUUAAAGAAUAGUGCUAAAGACCCACAACACAAUGAAGUUACAGACAUAAAGACUUGUAUUGACGUUGUGUGUGUAUGUGCGUUCGUGCGCGUGUGCGUGCGUGUUUGUGUAUCUAUUGUUUCCACCAUUCUAUACACUGGUCGAUAAAAUGAUGAAGGAAAGACACACACACUUGGCUUCAGCACUGUGUUCUCCGGUGUGCCAUGAAUAAAGGAUAGGAAGACACCUGAGUGGCAGGUGUUUGUGUCUGUAUGUGCGUCACUACCAGUAACCUCCCUUGCUGGAUGCAGCAGACCGCCCAUCGUCACCCCCCAUAGCAGGCUGCUCACGUUCACUAGACAGGGACACAGACAGAGAGAGACCUGCAGCAGCACAAGGUUACACAGCACAAGGUUACACACUGUGAUGUGCUGACAGCACACUGGUUUACAGCCAAGGCUGUUCAUCCAUUCAUAUUUUCUAUCAGGUGUCUCUAUUAGAGAAGUGUUAUGAAAUUCUCGUUGUAUAAUAGGAAUUUUGUGUCACACUUGUGUAAAGUUAAUGUUAGUUACUUCCUACUCACACAAGGGCUGUGAUGUCACAGGAUUAGAAGUAACAAGCUCACAUCUUGCUUUCUUCCUCUCUAUCGUUCCCCCUUACUCUCUCUCUCUGUCCUUUCUUCCUCUCUAUCGUUCCCCCUUACUCUCUCUCUCUGUCCUUUCUUCCUCUCUAUCGUUCCCCCUUACUCUCUCUCUCUGUCCUUUCUUCCUCUCUAUCGUUCCCCCUUACUCUCUCUCUCUCUGUCCUUUCUUCCUCUAUCGUACCCCCUUACUCUCUCUCUCUGUCCUUUCUUCCUCUCUAUCGUUCCCCCUUACUCUCUCUCUCUCUGUCCUUUCUUCCUCUAUCGUACCCCCUUACUCUCUCUCUCUCUGUCCUUUCUUCCUCUAUCGUUCUCCCCCCCCCCCCCCCCCCUCUCUCUCUCUCUCUCUCGGUCCCUUGCCCUUGGGUUAAACAGAUGGGAUACACUCCGCUGCAUGUGGCUUGUCACUAUGGCAACGUCAAGAUGGCAGACUUCCUCAUACAGAACCAGGCCAGAGUUGAUGGCAAAACAAAGGUAAACAACUGAAAGUCUGUCCCAUGUGGUGUUCAUGUGAGCUGAGCUUAUUUACCUUUCAGAUUGUCAGAUUGUGUGUUUUUGGCUGACUCUCCCUAACACUCUCUUUGUUUUGGUACCACUCUCCCUCCCUUUCUCCCUCCCUCCCUAUCACUCACUCACUCCCUUGCUGUCCUCCUGUUUAUAUUUUCUCCCUUAUGUUUUCACUUUGCAUUCCCCUCUCUCCUCUCCCGCUCAUCCCUCCCUCUCUUUCUCUCUGUCUCUGUCUGCAGAACGGCUACACGCCCCUCCACCAGGCGGCGCAGCAGGGCCACACCCACAUCAUCAACCUGCUGCUGCAGCACGGAGCCUCUGCCAAUCAGCUGACCGUGGUGAGUGAGGCAUCAUGGGAAAACCUGCUGUCUCAGCAGCUCUCUUCCAGAGGCCUCGGUCAGCAGGGUUACACAGAGACACACAGAGCAGCAGAACACAUAUAAUAGUAUACUGUAUAUACAUAGUAAUGGACACACACAAACACACACUAAAAACACAGACACACACACUAAAAACAGACUUCUACACAGAAACAAACACACACACACAAAUACAGUAUCAUUGUACAUUCACAAAGCACAGAAAUACACACCCACACACACAGCACUAAUGUGGCCACACUAACAAAGUAAAAACAAACACAUAUUACAACCUCCUAUCAUUUACAGCUCCAUUUCUUCUCCCCCUCUUCACAGAACGGGAGCACAGCCUUGUCCAUCGCCUGUCGCCUUGGUUACAUCUCAGUGGUCGACACUCUCAGGCCGGUGACUGAUGAGAAUCUGACCUCUGUGGUAAGACGCCAUGCCAUGCAUGUCUCUCUGUCUGUCUGUCUGUAUAUUUAGGUUUCUGUAGGUUUGUUUGUCUCUCUGUUUGCCUGAUCCUCUAUCUGUUUUUAUGUGGACCAGUGGGGCCUAGCCACAGUGUUACAGCUUGUCUUUGUCCAGUGAAUAUUGCUUCUGGCGCUCAAUUUGACUGUAAAUCAUGAAAUGGAGAGUCCACUCACCUGGCAUGAACACAGGCCUUUAUCUCAACCGACACAGCAGCGGUGGAAGACUUGAGUUGUGUUCCAUUGCUGUACAGGUUGCAGGUGUUGCUCACAGAUUCACACACCCAAACACUAGGCCGGUUACCACACUUGAGACAGCUUGCAAUACAUAGCGUACUGAUCUCUCUGUGUGUGUUAUUGUGAUACAAAGCAAAUGGUCAAUUUGCAUUCCUAGUGGAUGAAAAAACAUGCCAAUCCAGACUAGUGGUCUGUCUCUAUGUACAGUAUUUGUUACAGUCAUCUGACCAUGUGCUUGGAGUUCACUAACCUUGUGUGUUUAUCUGUGUGUGGUGAUCUAAAAGUACAUAGUAAAUUAAUAAACAUUUGUUUAUUCCUCUGAUGACAUGGGGCCGAAUCCUAACAUGAGGUGUGCACAUUGUGUACAACUCAAACCUUGACAUCACUGGAUGAGAUACUGUAUGCGUAUCUCAAAUUAGUACUUGGCCCUGAAACAGUAUACAAGAGUAACUGCAUGUGAUUCCAGGAAUGCUGUCUCACAUGCUUAACUGUGUGAAAAGCCCAGGUUGAAUCUCCUGUUGCUCCUCAAAUAGAUCUGUCGACGUGUCAGGAGGGAUUUAAUAAUAGUGACACCCGGGGCCAAUCAAAGGCCACUGGGUACAGCAGCAUUCAUCUGCAUUAUUCAUGUCGGACUCUUUUCUCUUUUAUCAAUAGAUUGCGACAGAAAAACACAAAAUGAACAUACCCGAGACCAUGAACGAGUUUCUGGACAUGUCCGACGAUGAAGGUAUGAGUAUAAGUGAUGAUAUGACUGUAUCAAAACUUCCCUUAUAACCUAAGCCGUGCAUUACCCCAUAAGCUGGCAGUGAGUUGACCGGUUGGGGUUGACCUGUGUUUUGUGGUUUCAAGGCAUGUGAUUCAUAUAGUAUGCGUGGCUGCAUCUCAUAUUAGUGAAAGUGUGCCAUGUGAUGCCUUAUUAAUAUCCAAUUUACUGUAUGUAUUCAAAUCACACAGCUAAGGCUAAUUUGCCGGAAAUUCUCAAUGAGGACUGUAUUUCAGAUGUUGACGAAGGUAUUUGCCACAUUUUUCUACGUAGUAGUUUUGUUUUUGUUUCACUCUUUUCAUGUAACCCCAUUCCUUCACCUGCGCCUCACCUGUUGGAAAGCUAACCAUCUCGCCAUCAUUCCUGAUACACUGCUUCACUGACUGUCCGCUGUUGCUAGGAGUUUUCCUGCCAAUCUGGAACACACUAGCCAGAACACACCUCUUUCUCUCUGCUUCCUACACUGAAAUGCAGCUUUCUCUUAGUAUCUUGUUUGAUCUACGUAUCAGUAGUUGAUGUCACCAAAUGUAAAUCAGCAGAGAAAGUAAGCCCCAGACACAAAUUACGUUUGUGUUUGAGCUUUUGGACUUUUCUUUUGCUUGCGACAAGAUACUGUAUGUUUGGUGUGACUUAUCCACAGUCAUUCUGGUUACACUGCAUGUAGCUAAGUUUUCGAGCCCUAGAGCAAUUUGUGCUUUGAGGGACAGGCCUUCUUUUUAAAUUUUUAUUAUUAUUAUUAUUUAACUUUGUUGCCAAAAUACCAUGCAUGGUAGUUACAUGGUAUUUCAAUAUCUUGGGUAAAAAUACAGUAAUAAGUUACUAUACAUUACUUGUCACUACAGAGUUACAAUACUUGUAACUAGUAAAGUGUGUGGGACAAGUGUUGCUACAGGUUACCGAUCUCAAGUUGCACUCUUAUGCUGGGUGGAUGAAUACCAAUGUAUCAGUAGUUGUUAGGAAAACUUAAUGUCAUUAAUUGCUUCCAAAACACUGGGUGACAACUGAAAUGCACUGGGGAAAAGUGUAAUCUAAGCAAGCCUAAAUAGCUUAUAUUGAGUGAUGAAAAAUACAUCUUACCAAGCUAAAUUAUCUAACGUCAUUUGCAGUUAAUAUUGCAUUUUUCAUCCUAAAAAAGGCUUAAUACAAGAAAUGUAUCGUAUUUCAAUAUAUUUUUCAAUAUAUUUUACCUUAAUAAGACAAUAUAAGAUAUUUAGUCUUGCUUAGAUUUGCAGUGCAUUUCAGUUGUCACCCAGUGUUUUGGAAGCAAUUAACGGACACUACUGUAAAAUGGAUACAUUUGUCCAUGAGAGAGGUGUGGAGUUUCUGUGUCAGAUGAUACUGCUGGACUCAACAAGUUCGACACACUCACCUGGCGACUAAUCAGAGUAGCCCCGUGGAGCUCAGUUGGUAGAGCAUGGCGCUUGCACCGCCAGGGUUGUGGGUUCAUUUCCCUCGGGGGUCAGUAUGAAAAUGUAUGCACUCACUAACUGUAAGUCGCUCUGGAUAAGAGCAUCUGCUAAAUGACAACAAAAAAAAUAUAAAAUAAAUAUAAAUAAAAAUAUAUAUAUAAACACACACUGCAAUGUUUACUGCUCUCAGUGUUCAAUGCUUUGAAACAUUGUAAUGGCCUCUCAUACAAUACUGUAAUGCUAUAAUCAAAUUGGUAACAAAUAGUUUACCUUAUGUCAGCUGUUGAGGUUAUCCUCACAGUUUACUACAUUGCAAAAUGGCCUUAGGUGUAAGAUUGACCAAGGCAGGUAUGGUGCCAUGUGGCUCAGUUGGUAGAGCAUGGAGCUUGCAAUGCCAGGGUUGUGGGUUCGAUUCCCAUGGAGGACCAGUACUUAAGAACACAAAAAUGUAUGCACUCAAUACUGUAAAUGGCUCUGGAUAAGAGCGUCUGCUAAAUGAUUAAGAAGUGUCUUGCAAAAGUAUUCAUCCCCCUUGGCGUUUUUCUUAUUUUGUUGCAUUACAACCUGUAAUUUAAAUGGAUUUUUAUUUGGAUUUCAUUGUAAUGGACAUACACAAAAUAGUCCAAAUUGGUGAAGUGAAAUGAAAAAACUAACUUGUUUCAAAAAAUUCUAGAAAAUAAAUAACGGAAAAGUGGUGCGUACAUAUGUAUUCACCCCCUUUGCUAUGAAGCCCCUAAAUAAGAUCUGGUGCAACCAAUUACCUUCAAAAGUCACAUAAUUAGUUAAAUAAAGUCCACCUGUGUACAAUCUAAGUGUCACAUGAUCUGACACAUGAUCUCAGUAUAUAUACACCUGUUCUGAAAGGCCCCAGAGUCUGCAACACCACUAAGCAAGGGGCACCACCAAGCAAGCGGCACCAUGAAGACCAAGGAGCUCUCCAAACAGGUCAGGGACAAAGUUGUGGAGAAGUACAGAUCAGGGUUGGGUUAUAAAAAAAUAUCAGAAACUUUGAACAUCCCACGGAGCACCAUUUAAAUCCAUUAUUAAAAAAUGGAAAGAAUAUGGCACCACAACAAGGGCCGCCCACCAAAACUCACAAAUAUUAAUCAGAGAGGCAACAAAGAGACCAAAGAAAACCCUGAAGGAGCUGCAAAGCUCCACAGCGGAGAUUGGAGUAUCUGUCCAUAGGACCACUUUAAGCCGUACACUCCACAGAGCUGGGCUUUACAGAAAAGUGGGCAGAAAAAAGCCAUUGCUUAAAGAAAAAAAUAAGCAAACACGUUUGGUGUUCGCCAAAAGGCAUGUGGGAGACUCCCCAAACAUAUGGAAGAAGGUACUCUGGUCAGACGAGACUAAAAUUGAGCUAUUUGGCCAUCAGGGAAAACGCUAUGUCUGGCGCAAACCCAACACUUCUCAUCACCCCGAGAACACCAUCCCCACAGUGAAGCAUGGUGGUGGCAGCAUCAUGCUGUGGGGAUGUUUUUCAUCGGCAGGGAUUGGGAAACUGGUCAGAAUUGAAGGAAUGAUGGAUGGCUCUAAAUACAGGGAAAUUCUUGAGGGAAACCUGUUUCAGUCUUCCAGAGAUUUGAGACUGGGACGGAGGUUCACCUUCCAGCAGGACAAUGACCCUAAGCAUACUGCUAAAGCAACACUUGAGUGGUUUAAAUGUCUUGGAAUGGCCUAGUCAAAGCCCAGACCUCAAUCCAAUUGAGAAUCUGUGGUAUGACGUAAAGAUUGCUGUACACCAGCGGAACCCAUCCAACUUGAAGGAGCUGGAGCAGUUUUGCCUUGAAGAAUGGGCAAAAAUGGGGGGGGGGGGGGUGAAUAGUUAUGCAUGCCCAACUUUUCAGUUUUUUUGUCUUAUUUCUUGUUUGUUUCGCACACAAAAAAAAUGUGCAUCUUCAAAGUGGUAGGCAUGUUGUGUAAAUCAAAUGAUACAAACCCCCCCAAAAUCCAUUUUAGUUCCAGGUUGUAAGGCAACAAAAUAGGAAAAAUGCCAAGGGGGGUGAAUACUUUCGCAAGCCACUGUAAAAUGUAUGCUGAAAACCAUUCCUCUGGGAAUGUGUCAUUUGACAGUCUUACUGAAAAAUUGCGUUACAUCAGACCAUGCAUUACACCAGUAAUCUGUCCACAGUGCGUGCAUCUCUGUCUCCUUAUGGAGGGAAAUCCAAUUGGCCAUGACAGGUCACUCCUGUCCUGCUGUAGUCAAGAGUGCAGUGGCAUGCUGAUCCCACUACGCAUUCCUUAGAUCACCCUGUCUAAAAGAGAUCACUAGUAAUGAUUUUAGCCUAAUCCUCCCUAACACCCAAACUACAUAAAUAUGUUGAUUUAGAGGAGUAAUGGCUUAGUGAGAUAUAUGUAGGCUACUUUCUUUGAGAGACAAAAAGAUGCACCAAUGAUCAGUUUUGGGGGGCAGUUUGGUCCACCCAUUUGGAAUGCAGCCAGAUUUCCACUGUCCACCCCCCCUCCUCAGGAAAAAAACCUAGUGGGUUGUCCUUCAGUGACUCUUUUCCCUUCAAUCUCCCCAAACUGUUUAUCCUGUGACCUAAAAUAAGUAUUUGUUUACAUUCUGGAUUAGACUAUCAGAUUACCGCGCAACAGACGAACCACAAACAUUAUUCAAACGCGACCUCUCUAUCCCUCUGCCACUGUGUUUUCGGUGCCAUUCAGCCUGCAUUGACGGAGAUGCUUUCCGGACUAGUGGACUUUCUCUUCAAAUCCAAUGAGAUGAGCUUUAGCUGAGCCGACUAGAAAAGCAACCUUUUGUCGCGAAUUUAAAUGGCUUCCACUUUUACUCAGGGAUGUGCUCUACCCGGAAAACUCCUCAUAGUUUGAACUUUGUUUGCAGCAGGAGACGGAACGGCAGCGGUAGAGGUGCAGACUGCCCCUGCACUAGCAACAACUGCAGCAGUUACAGUAGGCUUUCGGACAGUCCCUGGCUGGAACGACAGACAAACGAGACAGUUCAAUUUCGGGUUCUUUCAGCCGCAACUACAUGACUGGGUGGGAUUUUUUUCUGCCUCUCUCGUCUCUCUCUGGAUUUAUUGGUGGAAGUUAACUGUUCUGCAGAUAAUUGGAAUAUAAAGACAAACACGGGAAUAUAAUAAGAGUGGUGACGGACAUGGCUGUUUUUCUAUGUAAGUCAUAAAGGCUAUAUUUAAUGGAGAAGUGCUGUCGAAUGGAGGUGAUACUGGGAAUUGGUGCAUAAAGCCAUUUCGUACGUAGUCGAAUGAUUGUAGGCUACAGGGUAGCUGAGGCGGGAGAGAGCCGUGUGUGAGUGAGGGAGAGCGAGCUGGGAGAGGGAGAAGAGAAUCGCUUGCUUGCUAUGACGUAUAGCCUUCAGUACUGCAUUGGCUUUGAAAAACAUUACUCACCUUUGACGUUCUACGGUCACUGUGUGAAAGGGAGCGUGUUGCAAUGUAGCAAAGAGCUGUAGCGACAUUGUAGCCCAUCCGAGAAAGAGUGCGGCAUUAUCUGAUGUACUAGGACUGCCGGGGGAGGGGCUGCGGUGGAAGAGUGAAGUGUUGCAGGCUGGGGUCGGAAUAAGGGGGAAACGGGAUACAUUGUCGCUGCAAGGAUUGCUGAUUUUUUUUUCCCGCCUUGAUAAUCAAGGCGCUCUUGCUGAUUGAGUUCUGCCAGCGUUUAAUUACACUCUGCGCUUUUUGGCUUGAGUGUCAAUACAAACUGCGUUUGGUUUUACUGGACAGGAGAGCUAUGCUGCAAGUAGCUUUUGUCUAUCUCCAAGCUAGUGGACUUCAUUAGCCUAUGAAUAGAUUGUAACGGAUUUAUUACCAUGUCAUUCAUUUCAAGUAGCCUAGACCUAUGAGUGUUGAUGCUGCUAUUUAGCUUCACUAUAGCCCGAUGAGUAGCCUACCAACUGAGCAUAGGGCCUAGUACACUGGUCCAAUAGUUAUCAGAGUGACACUGAUAAAUUAGCCAAGGCCUGUUAUAAUGAGGUGGUGGUAAGGUUUUUCUAGGAGUACUGCAACUCUCUUCUUGCCCUGAUUGCCUUUGAAGUAAUGAUGGGGGACUUUUCCACCAGGUGAGGAUGCAAUGACCGGUGACACUGACAAAUAUCUAAGGCCCCAGGACCUCAAGGAGCUGGGGGACGACUCUCUCCCGCAGGAGGGCUACAUGGGGUUCAGCAUAGGAGUCCGCUCAGCAAGGUAUGUGACCAUAUUAUGACAUGAUAUGCUCUUGACCGUGAUGUCAUGUUUGGCAUUGCCAGUGCGUUUGUUUAUCCUAUACACACAGGUUUAAGAUGUGCUGAUAUGUUGAUGAUACUGUAUGGGAGCAGUGAAAUUGUAAGAAGUUGUGGUGAUCUAAGUGUCCUUCAUAGAAACAUAUGUUAUAAAGAUGUAAUAAAGAUGUUAUUGGUUCAGCAUAACUUCAUGAUUCAGCAGUUUGAGUAUUUUACGGGCCAUAAAAUGACUAUUGAUCAAUGACACUGAUACCUACAUGUAAACAUAUUGCCUUUGGUCAGAUAUGUAUACGUUUUUGCCCACUACAGUAUUCAAAGAGAGGAUAAGCAGCUGUAGGCUAAGAAUUGAGUGCCCAGUGGAAAACUGGCAAGCUUGGUUGAAAAUACGUCAUCACAUUAGAUGAGUAUUGUCGAACCCACAGGACAUCAUUGGCCAUCUAUUGUGGUGCCCCUGACAGCUGGCAAAUGCAUGGGGAUGGUCGACUGACUAAAAACAACAACGGUGUCAGGAAGCAGCACACUAUGGGGAAAAAAACUGCCCAAAAACAGAACCACUGUUUUACACAUCAAGAAAGAGGAGUUAGAUCAGCUUUUAGGCUAUAAUGGAUGGUGUGAGAUGUUUAUAAUGUUUAUCACAUCAUAUAUGAAGCGUGAACUCAUUUCAGCUCUCCCUGGUUUGAUGAAUCAAGUCCAAGUGUUUGAAUAAGGCUGUGUCACGUUUAUAAUCUCUAGAGAAGCUUUCGGAAGUUAAUGUCACCAAUUCCCAAAGCCAUGUGACAAAUGUAGUGAUGGCUGCUUAGUCAGUAAAAGCUGGUGCUGAUGUCUAAAUCCAGUACUUUCUCUGAUAAGGUAUUGCAUCUAUAAACUAUGUCACCAUGUACUAUCCUGUAUACUGUGCUAUGAUACAUCAUGCUCUUAUUUGAAUCGCAAAGUAAACUGGUUGAAUAUGUGUGGUGAAAAGAUAUUGCUGACAUGACCCGUGUAGCUCAGUUGGUAGAGCAUGGCGUUUGCAACGCCAGGGUUGUGGGUUCGUUUCCCACGGGGGACCAGAAAAAAAAUGUAUGCACUCACUAACUGUAAGUCGCUCUGGAUAAGAGCGUCUGCUAAAUGACUAAAAUGUAAUGACUCUUUGCAGUGCUGGAAAUGUUAUGCUUUUUUAAUUCAGUGAAUUAUUGUAUUGAUUGGUUAAUGUAUGGUGUCGAGCAGCUGCUUUCUUUUCCCCCAACCUUUCUGUUUAUGACAUCGGCCUUGCAUGGUUUGCUCUCGGACUGAGCCACACAUUCUAGUCUACACACACACACACACACACACACACACACACACACACACACACACACACACACACACACACACACACACACAGAGACACAGACACACACACAGACACGGAGACACACACACAGAGGCACACACACACACACACACACACACACAGAGACACACACAGACACUAUGAGCCCAGGCUUGGAGCAUACCCCAUGCAAAAGCAGAGCAUCAAUGUCACAUGGAAAUAAACCACCUCUCUGCUUGGACGUUUUCAAAAUGCUUUGCUCUUCACCACUCUCUUCUACGUUCUUUUCCUUUUUUUAUUUCUUGCACUCUCUGUUUCUCACGCUAGCCCUAGGAUCAGGUAAGAGCAGAAAGCACAUUUCACCAAACAUAUUUCCCUCCCAUGACCCAUCCUCUGUGCAUUGUGACUCCAUGAACCAUAGUCAGUCUUUGUGGUAUACUUUCUCUGAGUUUAUUGGUGACUUUAUUUGGGAAACUUAUUUUGAGCUCACUAAUAUGUUUCAUCGCCUUAUUUUCUCAUCAGUCAAUAUAAACCCCUCAUCAUUUGCAAAUAAACCAAGUAAUAUUUAACACAAGUUAUGAAUAGAGUACAUGAGAAAAUAAAUGUGACAGUUUUGUGUUAUGCCUUAAUAAUGGCAGGUGCUUUGCUUAGAGUUGAUUAACCCAAUUUUUUGUAUGGUUCAAGGUGACACCCACCCCUUUAUCAUUUAUCUGAAGGUGCCACUUUAUGUAACUUCCAGGGAUCAAUAUGUUUCAGUCCAUUUUCAAUCAGUAUCAAUCAAACAGUACUGCGGUAUUGCUUACAAAGGAAAAUAUAAUCCUUAAAUAUUACCUAUAAAAUUAACCAUUCUGGUAUGCAGAGAUGGAAACGUCAAGGCCUCAAUGGCUUAUUGUCUAAAAAUCCCGCAUUGACCUAUCUGACAUCCAAUGACAGACGCUCGCACACACGCGCACACACACACAAACACUUUACCUUGGAUCUAUAUGAUGAAUGACAGAGUAAUGAUGGCAGAGCAAUCAUCCGCACAACCAACUCUUUAAACUGACACAGAUAAGCAAAUAUUAACUUUCUUUCUAGAUCAAAUAACACUGCUUUAUCUUAAAAUGUAGGCUAUGUGGAGAGAGAGUAAGAGUGAAAGAGAGCUGGUGAGAGAAAGCAGAAAGCAUUGAGAGAAAUAGGCAUGGUAGUGUUCAGAAUAGCAAAGAGGGAAGGGGUGAGGGGCAGAGGCAGAUUGAUCAAAGCCACUGAGAGGCAUGAAAUGGUACAGAAAGAAGCCGGAAGGAGCGAGUAGGGAGGGAGUGAAGGAAAGGAGAGAAGACUUCAGCUAAGUGCACCCGUUAAAAUGUAAUCGUGAUACAACUCUGCACAAAUAAAACCAAAUGUAAUUGAAUUGGCGAGAGAAAGCUUGGGGGAGAGGAGGGAAGAGAUAAAGAGGUUAUAAAGAGGGAGGAAGGAGAGCUGUGAAGAGCAGACAGCAACACAGCGAGAGGAGGCAAAGCAGGUUUGGGAUGCCAGAUCAUUCAGGCCGAGUGGAGUUGCUUAGAAACUUCAGUCUGCAGUGCUGAAUAAAGGGCUUCUCUCUGUGCUGAAUAGCAUGCUGACUCAAACACGCUGUGCUCUGCAUUUGUUCUCUCCCUCUCACUACACAUACACACACACAGUUCAUACACGUACGCAUGGGCACACAUACACAAUACAGUGCAGCCCGACACUCGUGACUAGGUUAUAUACACAUUUAUUCUGAAAGAACAUCUCUACAAGUAUGUGUGUAUACUCACAAACAGUGUAGGGCUACAUUGUUUUAAAGGCCCAGUGCAGUCAAAAACGUGUUUUCCUGUGUUUUAUAUAUAUUUCCACACUAUGAGGUUGGAAAAAUACUGUGAACUUGUGAAAAUGAUGAUAUUGCCCUUUUAGUGUAAGAUCUGUUUGAAAAGACCACCUGAAAUUUCUGCCUGUUUCGGUCGGACAGAGUUUUGGCCUGUCUGGUGACCAUUCCCAGACAUUCCUAUCGAAAUUCUUGCUUGAGAAAUGUAUCUUUGCUAACAAGAUAUUUUUGUUACUGUUUGACCAUUUUAAUUGAAAACAAUCACAUUAAGGUACUUAAUUGUUAACCAGAAAUGAUUUGAUAGUUGGAUAAAAACGGCUGCAUUGGACCUUUAAAACAAGAGUUUGAGAAAAAGCUGAAUGGGAGCAACAGCAGGAAAACAUCACAGCACUGCAGAAUGCAGCAAGACGGAGAGGACCAUCAUCCCUGUACCACCCAAACUAACACAGAUAAAUAAGAACCAUUUGGUGGGUGCUUAUAUUCAUCCUAUUUCACACGUGCAAGUGUGUUUUAAUAAGCAUGUGUGAUUAUUAUUAUUUAUUUUUUUACAUAUUCUUCAUAUCCCACUCUCCCUGAGACACCCUCAGAUAGUGGGGUCACGGGCCAGGGUCUGCCAUUAUCAACAGCUACCCUGGAACAAUUAGGGUUAAGUGCCUUGCUCAAUGGCACAUCGACAGAUUUGUCACCUUGUCGGCUCAGGGAUUCAAACUAGCGACAUUUCGGUUACUGGCCCAACGCUCUAACAGCUAGGCUGCCUGCCGCCCAACCUGCUGAUCCAAGUCAUCUGGGAAUUUAAAGACAAACACUUUGCCCAUCCUAAAACUAAUGUUUUAUUGAAUGAGCUACAUUACUUUAACUGAAUACCAAAUAGCAAACUUCAAAGUAGUUUGAGAUCAUUUUUAGGGACCGUUAUAACUAAAUCUUUAUUUAAUAACCAUAACGAAUCCAGAUGUUUAAUUAUUCAAUUGAAAUCCUCAAAGUUAGGACCAUACUCUAUGUAGUGUAUAGUUACCACCUUAUUGUUUGUUAGUAGAUAAAAUGUGAUUCUUCAUCCAGUGUCCUCUCUGAAACAUCUAGUCAGUCUCUAUUUGACCUCUUACAUCCGUGUUCGUGAUACAGACACACCUACAACUCCUUUCUCUCUCUCUCUCUCUCUCUCUCUCUCUCUCUCUCUCUCUCUCUCUCUCUAAAAACUGACUGACCUCACUCUCAUUUCCAUCUCUGAAUAACUCCUACCUAUCUAUCUAUCCCCAGCUGUGGGACUCUAAUCUUGCUCUGCACUAUAUACCGUACAUUGUACAGUGCAAUUCAGUUCCCUGGAGGUUGCAUGUAGUAAUGGAUUUUUUUUACUUUUCUUUUGGUUUGGGCCUGCUGUUCAUUGUCACCCGCUGUGUUGCGUGGUAACAUUUAAACACCCCAGCCUCCGCUCCUUCAGUUCGGAUAGGUCCAACACCCUCAACCGCAGCUCCUACGCACGAGACAGCAUGAUGAUAGAGGAGAUCCUCGCCCCGACCAAGGACACGGUACGUCCUCCUAACAUUCCUUUACCCCUUUCUUGUCUCUUUUUCUGUGAUCACUCUCUCGGUUUCUCUAUGUGUAUCUCUUCCGCCUCGCUUCUCCUUGCUCUGUUUCUGGGUAUUGCGUGAAACGGUUACAUUUUUUAUGUGAACUCUGAGAUGGGGUCAAUGAUGGAUUUAGCCUCCCCCUGGAUCGUUGUCACAGUUUAUUUCUAAGUGCUUAUUUUGGGCUUUUUUGUUGAUUUAGUUUAUGUUGGGCACUUGUAGUGCUGAGGCCGUGCAGGACAUUUUCUGUAAGAGCUGAUUCAAACUUCCCUGUAGCCUCUGAAGGUUUCCAGCUGCCUUGGGAAAACCACACUGCAGUGUCCUGAUUUGUCCUGUUUUGGGGAUCACUAUGCAGGAUCUAAAACAGGAACUUUAACCUGAUGUACUGUAAAUAAUAUUUGCAACUUCACUGACAUCAUGUUCGACAAACAAAUUCCCAGGAAAAUAUUUUGGGUCAAAGAGGAGACUUGUAUUGGAAUGCGUGUAAAAUCUUGUUUUCUCAAAUAGUAAAACAUUUGUUUCCUCAACUUGUUUGUAAAAUCUGAUUAAAGCGAUGUGUCCUGUGCUUUUUCCACAGCUUGAGGCAUCAUAGAACGCUCUGUAGUUUAUCUGUUUCAUAUGAUGAUCAUGUUUCAUUCUUGGUGUUUUGUGAUGUUUGUGGCACUAUCAGAUCUACUUAUCAGAAAUAAGGUUGUCUUUAUGAAACCUUAAGAGGCCACUCUUUGCUAAAGACGAAAUCUUGUGGUAAAAGCCACUGCAACCUCUUCUCAAUGUAUGAGUUGUUAGCCAAUGACUGCCCACUGGGCACACAUUGGUUGAAUCAAAGUUGUUUCCACGUCAUUUCAAUGAAAUUGCGUUGAACCAAUGUGGAAUAGACAUUGAAUUGAUGUCUGUGCCCAGUGGGUAGGGACUGUUUGAAAAAUCUCAAAGCUCUUCAAGUCCUAUUUGUGGUUUCUCAUCUGCUUCUCUUCCCUCUAAAGCUUCAGAGUGUCUGUAAAGACCUUUCCUACUUGGUUGACCCUCUCAAUAAGGUAUAUGAUGAUGUCAGUAGAUAGUUUCCUCGCUCUGCUCACGCUCUAUGACCAUCUCUCUGGCUCCAUUCGUGUUUGUUUGUUUGGGCUCUGAAAUUCUCAUUCCAUUCAUUGGUCCUCAUUUCAGUGAGGUAAAUAGUUAUUUAUUUUCCCAUGCGACUCCUGGUCACUGUAAAUUCCCAUGAUUCAUUUUUAUACAAACAAAUUAUUGUUUCAGUUGGACAUUUGCAACUUUUUGUGGUUAAAAUGGUUAAUCAUAUUCAGCAUGUUCCAUUGAAGCGAUAUUGAAUGUUUUAGAUGACAAAAACAUGUUUCUGUGAGACUGUACGAGUCCUGUUAGAUCACUUGUCUGUAGGGGUAAGGGAUCAUAUUCUCUUAUUGUGUGUUAGGAAUGUAGACGGUCACAAAAGGUAUCACCUCUUCUGUCUGUCUGUAGAUCAGUGAGUGUCACCAUCAGGUUAGGUCGUAUACCAUUGACCCUCCUCCUGUAUGUGCUCUUCCACAGCACCUGGCUGUAACCCGGGACUACGAUGCAGAGUGUCUGAGGCGCUACAGCUGGACCCCAGACACUAUAGAUCACAACAACACUGUGUCCAGCCCCAUUCACUCAGGGUAAGAACCAGGCCUCUGCCAGCCAGUCUGACACCAAGCCACAGCUGGCUCUAGCCAUGCCAGACUACAGCUAAUCCAGACUCAGGAGAACGUUACUCUACAUACUCCAUUUGAUCAGCCCAACAAAGACCCAGCUAGCAGUUGUCUGCAGUGAAAUACUGUUAUGAGGUUUUCCUUUCUGCAGUCUGUUGUGAAAUUUUAAUUUGCUGAGCCUCAGUGAUGAAUACUUUGAGGGAAGUCGCCCUCACAUACAUAAUGGACUUGCACUGUGGAUUACGUGAUUUAGUCUUAUUGGAAAUGUACUUGACAGUCCAAUGUCCUGACCUGGGCUCAGUACAGAUGGAAGAUACAGUAUUUGGUGUUUUGUCAGGGCUCAUGUACUGGGGUUGAGUGAUAAGAUGUCUACCCUUCUGGUUGCUAUAAUUUGAAAACAAGCUGUUGUAAAAGUGAACUUUGGUCUUUCAAAUGAACCCUGCAGUGUUUGCUUAGAAGUGCAUAUUAUGAAGUGUAUGUGCAGGAAUCUGUCUUGUCCUUUUUGUUAUACAAUCCUUUUUCUGUUAUCUGUUAUGCCACAACCGUUCAUUCAUUUCUGCCCCUUUCAAUGCCCUCCAUUUUUCAAUUUCUCUUUUAUUUUUAUCCUUUCCUCUGACUUACAUGACGAAAUGCAUCAGACCCUGAAAAACUAAAUUGAUUGUGCUGUAUUACUAAAUCUAGUUUUUUGCCUCCUGCAUUGUUUUGGUCUUUAUUUUGCAGCUUGUCCUCCCCGCUCCCUCAGUAUGACUCCAGGUGAUGAUUGUGUCUGGUGAUGUCACCAUGAUGUCACAGUUUCCACUACUUCCUCUUUCCUCUCUGUGCUCAUGUCAUCUGUGCGGUCUGGUCUCUCAUCUGCACUGUGUAGCUGUAGUACUAGUGAUGUGUUUUUGGAUUUUCUCACUAAGGUGCCAUCUGACAGUGCAUAUAUGGAUAAAGCCCCUCGAAAAUCUAUGAGCAGGCCUGCAGAGUGAACACAUAGACGAUGCCAAGCUUAGGCAAACAUACAGUACUACUGUGCAUUCGGAAAGUAUUCAGACCCCUUGACUUUUUCCACAUUUUGUUACGUUAUUCUAAAAUAAGGCUUUUUUUAUCCUCAUCAAUCUACACACAAUACCCCAUAAUGGCAAAGCAAAAACAGGUUUUUAGAAGUAUUAGUAAAAAAAAGAAGUAUUCGGACCCUUUACUCAGUACUUUGUUCAAGCAUCUUUGGCAGCGAUUACAGCCUCAAGUCUUCUUGGGUAUGACGCUACAACCUUGGCACACCUGUAUUUGGGGAGUUUCUCCCAUUCUUCUCUGCAGAUCCUCUCAAACUCUGUCAGGUUGGAUGGGGAGCGUCGCUGCACAGCUAUUUUCAGGUCUCUCCAGAGAUGUUCGAUCGGGUUCAAGUCCAGGCUCUGGCUGGGCCACUGAAGGACAUUCAGAGACUUGUCCCGAAGCCACUCCUGCAUUGUCUUGGCUGUGUGCUUAGGGUCGUUGUCCUGUUGGAAGGUGAACCUUCGCUCCAGUCUGAGGUCCUGAGCGCUCUGGAGCAGGUUUUCAUCAAGGAUCUCUCUGUACUUUGCUCCGUUCAUCUUUGCCUCGAUCCUGACUAGUAUCCCAGUUCAUGCCGCUGAAAAACAUCCUCAUAGCAUGAUACUGCCACCACCAUGCUUCACAGUAGGGAUGGUGCUAGGGUUCCUCCAGACGUGACGCUUGGCAUUCAGGCCAAAGAGUUCAAUCUUGGUUUCAUUAGACCAGAGAAUCUUGUUUCUCAAGGUCUGAGAGUCUUUAGGUGCCUUUUGGCCAUCUCCAAGCGGGCUGUCAUGUGCCUUUUACUGAGGAGUGGCUUCCGUCUGGCCACUACCAUGAAGGCCUGAUUGGUGGAGUGCUGCAGAGAUGGUUGUCCUUCUGGAAGGUUCACUCAUCUCCAUAGAGGAACUCUGGAGCUCAGUCAGAGUGACCAUAGGGUUCUUGGUCACCUCCCUGACCAAGGCCCUUCUCCCCUGAUUGCUCAGUUUGGCCGGGCGGCCAGCUCUAGGAAAAGUCUUGGUGGUUACCAAACUUCUUCCAUUUAAGAAUGAUGGAGGCCACUGUGUUCUUGGGGACCUUCAAUGCUGCAGAAGUUUUUUGGUACCCUUCCCCAGCUCUGUUCCUCAACACAAUCCUGUCUCGGAGCUCUACGGACAAUUCCUUCGACCUCAUGGCUUGGUUUUUGCUCUGACAUGCACUGUCAACUGUGGGACCUUAUAUAAACAGGUGUGUGCCUUUCCAAAUCAUGUCCAAUCUAUUGAAAUUACCACAGGUGGACUCCAAUCAAGUUGUAGAAACAUCUCAAGGAUGAUCAAUGGAAACGGGAUGCACCUGAGCUCAAUUUCGAGUCUCAUAGCAAAGGGUCAGAAUACUUAUGUAAAUAAGGUAUUUCUGUUUUUUUAUUUUUAAUACAUGUGCAAGAAUUUCUAAAAACCUAUUUUCGCUUUGUCAUUAUAGGGUAUUGCUGAGGAUUAAAAAAAAAAUCAAUUUUAUAAUAAGGCUGUAACAUGACAAUGUGGAAAAGGUCAAGAGGUCUGAAUACUUUCCGAAGGCACUGUAUGUGGACAGUGAAAUAUACCACUGUCCUGUACAUAACAUUGUGUAUGGUAUUAGGUUAGAGACUAUUCCUGUAACAACUCAGCCAGAUCAGCCAUGUAGGGUAUCUUUAUUAUUGUGCCUUUAUCUUAGGUAAGGUUUUAUGGCUUUAUUGCACCUUAACAGCUGGCAUACUAUGUGAGGCAUUUCAAUUUAACAUUCCCUUGUUUGCUCUACUAAUAGCUUACUACUACUGGUGCCAGUUUCCACAAUUCAUGGGAUGCCCAAACUGCAUUUAUUUAGUAGAAUGUAACACGUCACGCAUUAAACACAUUCUUUCAUUUGUGAGUUAAUUUAGUUUCUACUCGGGGUGAAACAUUUGUGAAGGUGUGUUAAUAUCAGUCACUAAUCAUUGCUUCAGAGCGAUUGAUCUUGGCAGGAAACUCACCUUUACCAUCUAUUACAGCACCUCUUAGUUCUUUACAGAUUCAGUGUCUUACAGGUUAUUUUAAGACAUUGUUAAGUGUCAGAGGUGAGACCUGCCAAGUUUGAGAAUUCGAAGCACCAUAUCCUCUCUCUGUCUCUAUUUCGCUCUAGUAUUUUCUUUCUACUCUCUCUCUCUUUUCGGAGUGUUUGGGUGUAAGGUGGUCACAGCAUGGGAUUCGUCCGUCUCACGUGUCAGUGGUUAUGGCCUCUCUCUCUCUUUUCCCACUUCCCCCUUCCUGGUCUAAUAUUUGUUUUCUGCGCCGGCAGAUUCCUGGUCAGCUUCAUGGUGGAUGCCCGUGGGGGUUCCAUGAGAGGAAGUCGAAGCAAUGGCAUGCGUAUCAUCAUCCCGCCCCGGAAGUGCACGGCUCCUACCCGCAUUACCUGCCGCCUGGCCAAGAGGCACAAGCUGGCCUACCCCCCGCCCAUGGUGGAGGGAGAGGGCCUAGUCAGCCGGCUGGUGGAGGUCGGCCCCGCAGGAGCCCAGUUUCUGGGGUAGGUUUUUCCUUUCCCUUCUCGAAGCCACGGACCUCUAUUUCAUUUUUGCUCUUUGAAUGUGAAGAUCCACCAUUUUGGCUCUAAGGGGGCACUGAACUAGCUCUGGGUGCUCUGCUCCAUUCUAGACCUGUGAUCGUGGAGAUUCCUCAUUUCGGCUCCAUGAGGGGAAAGGAGAGGGAGCUGAUCGUGCUCAGGAGCGACAACGGUGACACAUGGAAGGAACACCAGUACGACUGCCAUCCAAGUGACAUCACAGACAUUCUCAACGGGAUGGACGAAGGUACGUUACACACAGGUCAACAUUGCUAAUGUAAUUGAAUACCCUCUCUGACACAUCCAAUCAUACAUACAGUGAGGGAAAAAAGUAUUUGAUCCCUUGCUGAUUUUGUACGUUUGCCCACUGACAAAGACAUGAUCAGUCUAUAAUUUUAAUGGUAGGUUUAUUUGAACAGUGAGAGACAGAAUAACAACAAAAAUAUCCAGAAAAACGCAUGUCAAAAAUGUUAUAAAUUGAUUUGCAUUUUAAUGAGGGAAAUAAGUAUUUGACCCAUCUGUUAGUACUUGGUGGCAAAACCCUUGUUGGCAAUCACAGAGGUCAGACGUUUCUUGUAGUUGGCCACCAGGUUUGCACACAUCUCAGGAGGGAUUUUGUCCCACUCCUCUUUGCAGAUCUUCUCCAAGUCAUUAAGGUUUCGAGGCUGACGUUUGGCAACUCGAACCUUCAGCUCCCUCCACAGAUCUUCAUUGGGAUUAAGGUCUGGAGACUGGCUAGGCCACUCCAGGACCUUAAUGUGCUUCUUCUUGAGCCACUCCUUUGUUGCCUUGGCCGUGUGUUUUGGGUCAUUGUCAUGCUGUAAUACCCAUCCACGACCCAUUUUCAAUGCCCUUGCUGAGGGAAGGAGGUUCUCACCCAAUAUUUGACAGUACAUGGCCCUGUCCAUCGUCCCUUUGAUGCGGUGAAGUUGUCCAGUCCCCUUAGCAGAAAAACACCCUCAAAGCAUAAUGUUUCCACCUCCCACGUUUGACGGUGGGGAUGGUGUUCUUGGGGUCAUAGGCAGCAUUCCUCCUCCUCCAAACACGGCUAGUUGAGUUGAUGCCAAAGAGCUCCAUUUUGGUCUCAUCUGACCACAACACUUUCACCCAGUUCUCCUCUGAAUCAUUCAGAUGUUCAUUGGCAAACUUCAGACGGGCCUGUAUAUGUGCUUCUUGAGCAGGGGGACCUUGCGGGCGCUGCAGGAUUUCAGUCCUUCACGGCGUAGUGUGUUACCAAUUGUUUUCUUGGUGACUAUGGUCCCAGCUGCCUUGAGAUCAUUGACAAGAUCCUCCCGUGUAGUUCUGGGCUGAUUCCUCACGAGGUGAGAUCUUGCAUGGAGCCCCAGGCCGAGGGAGAUUUGACAGUUAUUUUGUGUUUCUUCCAUUUGCGAAUAAUCGCACCAACUGUUGUCACCUUCUCACCAAGCUGCUUGGCGAUGGUCUUGUAGCCCAUUCCAGCCUUGUGUAGGUCUACAAUCUUGUCCCUGACAUCCUUGGAGAGCUCUUUGGUCUAGGCCAUGGUGGAGAGUUUGGAAUCUGAUUGAUUGAUUGCUUCUGUGGACAGGUGUCUUUUAUACAGGUAACAAACUGAGAUUAGGAGCACUCCCUUUAAGAUUGUGCUCCUAAUCUCAGCUCGUUACCUGUAUAAAAGACACCUGGGAGCCAGAAAUCUUUCUGAUUGAGAGGGGGUCAAAUACUUAUUUCCCUCAUUAAAAUGCAAAUCAAUUUAUAACAUUUUUGACAUGUGUUUUUCUGGAUUAUUUUGUUGUUAUUCUGUCUCUCGCUGUUCAAAUAAACCUACCAUUAAAAUUAUAGACUGAUCAUUUCUUUGUCAGUGGGCAAACGUACAAAAUCAGCAGGGGAUCAAAUACUUUUUUCCCUCACUGUAACAUAUUGAAUAUCCUUCAUCCAUCUAUGUUUGUUAAUGUGUUCUCCAACAGAACUGGACAGCAAUGCUGACCUGGAGAAGAAGCGGAUCUGUCGGAUUAUCACCAGGGACUUCCCCCAGUACUUUGCUGUGGUGUCCAGAAUCAAGCAGGAGAGUAACCACAUGGGUCCAGAGGGCGGGACUCUGACCAGCCUGACCGUGCCCAUGGUCCAGGCCUCGUUCCCACAGGGGGCGCUCACCAAGAAGAUACGCGUUGGCCUGCAGGUCUGAACACAAAGUCAAUCAGUUAGCUGUACUCUUUAGGAACUCAAUUAGUCUCUGUUUUGUGUUAAGCUUUGACCUUAUUUUCCAACGUUUUGGCUAAGAGCAUGGUUUUGAUUCAUGAUGAGUUGGCUACUUUCAUUCUAUUGAGAUUUUUUUGCAUGACAUUCUUGUAAAAGAUAAUGGCUUUUCUCAGUACUACAUGUAUUUUGCUAAUUUGAACAAAUGAGAGAGCAUUGAUUCACCUCUUUCAUUCCCCCUUCCCCCCCUCCCUUCAGGCUCAGCCAGUCCCAGAUGACAUGGUGAGGAAUCUCCUCGGCAACAGGGCCACCUUCAGCCCUAUCGUUACCGUGGAGCCCAGGAGGAGGAAGUUCCACAAGCCCAUUACCAUGACGAUCCCUGUCCCGCCCCGAUCGGCAGAGGGCCACCCCAGUGGACCCAGGGGGGACUCCACCCCCUGCCUGCGCCUCCUCUGCAGCAUCACAGGCAAGUCCAUGUUUUGAACAACCUCUGUGGCUGAGAACAUACCUCCAUUGAAAUUGGUUCAGACCUUCAAUGAUAACAAGGUUCACUCCUACUUGGAGACAGGAUGGGAGGACAGGGUUUGCAGUAGGUGGAAAUGAGGCUAACCAGGGAUGGGGAUUUGUCUUUUCUUGUGGUUUUCCAACCAGGUGGAACAUCUCCUGCCCAGUGGGAGGACAUUACAGGGACCACUCCGCUGUCCUUCGUCACAGACUGUGUUUCCUUCACCACAAACGUGUCGGCCAGGUAAGGCCAUGCUUUCUCACAUGCUCCCAACCAGUUAACACGCUACCCAGGACUAUUUGCUACCCGGACUAGAGCCUGAUAUUACCAGAGAGCACUGCUUGGCUUUAGUCAGUAGAUUAUUUUAGUCAUAUGCCUCAGCACUUUUCAAUGUGAGACCAAGCUGAUAUGAUUUAGACCUUAGACCUUCAUUGGGAGGGUUGCUAGGCUGCAGAAUAUCCUCUGAUUUGAUUAACAUGGCGAUUUGAAAUAUGAAUCAACUAUUUUUGUGCGAGCUGGUGAAUAUAUUUUAGAGCAUAGUAUGGAGGUGAACGUUUCAGCUCAGAGCUAUAUACUAUCACCCAUCCAAACAAUACAUGUCAUUUAAUGUAGUAAGAACCAAUUCUUCUUACUCCAAGAGUAAGCUAUAAUACGGCAUUUGUAUUGAAAGUGUAGCCACCCACUCAUUGGCAAGUCCGUGGAUUUAGGUCAGUGGUUAUCAUCAAAGCUUUGCGAAGCUUUUGUAUGCAUUAUAAUGUUUAUGGCCCCAUCAACCAAGCUCUUGCCAAAAAUACACUGGUUGGCUUCAACAUCCAUAUUAAGCAUUACUUAUCCCCUCUGUUUCUUCCUUACCUCCAGGUUCUGGCUUGCAGACUGUCACCAGAUUCCUGAGACGGUCGUUCUGGCCUCUCAGCUAUACCGGGAGCUGAUCUGUGUGCCAUACCUGGCCAAGUUUGUGGUGUUUGCCAAGAUGAACGAUCCUGUUGAGUCACGCCUCCGCUGCUUCUGCAUGACGGACGACAAGGUGGACAAGACUCUGGAACAACAGGAGAACUUCGAAGAAGUGGCCAGAAGCAAAGACAUCGAGGUGGGUCUGACUUGCACCAACACACUUGUCCGCACACACACACAAAAUAUGUUGACACAGGUCACAGAUACAUGGUUUAUCUGAAUUGACAUGACAAUGAUUUUACAGGUCUUGGAGGGCAAGCCUAUACAUGUGGAUUGCUAUGGCAACUUAUCUCCUCUUACCAAGAGUGGGCAGCAGCUGAUCUUCAACUUCUUCUCUUUCAAAGAGAACCGGCUUCCAUUCAAUGUGAAGGUAGUGUCACGUUUUCAUCCUCCUCUUAUAUGUAAUAAGGUCACACUUCUAUUAUAGAGGUAUGCCAGAGUUUGAUCGUCCUUCAAACAUGCUGACAUGUAAGCUCUAAUGCUCAUUUCAAACAUGCUGACAUGUAAGCUCUAAUGCUCAUUUCAAACAUGCUGACAUGUAAGCUCUAAUGCUCAUUUCAAACAUGCUGACAUGUUGUAAGCUCUAAUGCUCAUUUCAAACAUGCUGACAUGUUGUAAGCUCUAAUGCUCAUUUCAAACAUGCUGACAUGUUGUAAGCUCUAAUGCUCAUUUCAAACAUGCUGACAUGUUGUAAGCUCUAAUGCUCAUUUCAAACAUGCUGACAUGUUGUAAGCUCUAAUGCUCAUUUCAAACAUGCUGACAUGUUGUAAGCUCUAAUGCUAAUUUCAAUUUUUGACACGUAUUACUUUUUUAAGCACCAAAAAAAAUAAUGUCAGUCUACUCUAGGGCUGUUCAAUGUGGGUCCUGGAGGGCCGAAACACUUCAGGUUUUAAUCCUCUCCUUCUAAUCAGGGACUACUUCAGACCUGGGACACCACAUGAGUGCAAUUAACUACCAGGUAGAAACAAAAACCAGAAGUGUUUCGGCUCUCCAGGACCGGAAUUGAAUAGCCCUGAUCUACUCUAUUGUAUAUCUUGUAUAGAAAUCGAUUAAUGUUUUUAUUGGACAUGUGUUGUUGCUCCUUAGGUCAGAGACAUGGGCCAAGAACCAUGCGGUCGACUCUCAUUCUUGAAAGAGCCGAAAACCUCUAAAGGUCUUCCGCAGACUGCCAUAUGCAAUUUGAAUAUCACACUGCCAACUCAUAAGAAGGUAGGUGGAUAUUUGAAUGAUAUAUUCUCUGGGCCAUAUCAUGUCAUCCUCAUGUAAAUGAAUUGAAUAACCGAGUACAGUAACAGCAGUGAUACCAGAGUGGAGAUGUUGACCUCCGUUUGGUUAGAAUGCCUGCUGCUUGUGUCUUUUAUUGCCAAUGCCAAUUAUAUUCCCCCACAAAAACACACAUUCAGUCAUACACAUUAUGUUACUCAUUUGCCUGGCUCAAAGUGUGGCAGAGUAAUAUGCCUACAUUAUGGUGGCAUUUCUUUAUGUGGUGUUCAAAAACUCUGAAUUACAUUACUUUUUGCUUAUUUUCUGGGUCUUUGGUGGGCUGUGGACUAUUUAAUUAUAUGGCUUUUUCUAAGCCCAUAUGGUUUGCUGCCCUCAGCUGCUCCAUUUUCAUUUUCCGAUGUUUAUUUCCAACCACACCCAUUAUAAACCACCCGCUGUCAUUGUGUCAUCUUUCCCCUUCUCUGCAAUGCAUCUUGGGAACAAACAGGACAUGAUGGAGUCUGAUCCUGAUGAUGAGGUAAAUACAUGAUUGUUCAUCACACGGACUGCUUUGUGGUUUUUCCGUUCCUUUAUUAUUGUGAACGCUAGCAUCGAUAGUGUAUAUGAAUGUGUGGUGAUUAUCGUUUUUUGAUUGAUGAUAUAUAGAGGCUUUUGCAGCAGAUAUGAAUCUAUAUCAUUGCUUAGAAGUCAACUGACUUUGUGUAAUGCAUGAAUGACAGUUCAAUUCAACGGGUUUCAUUAUUAUUGUCUUCAUCCCAAGCCACGUGGAGCAAUUUGUGUACCACACCCCAUCUUAUUUUCCAUAUGAGUUGAGUAGGUAGGCUAGUAGAAAACACCAUCCCACUGUACACACAGUACAGAAGAUGACGACAAUGUUUCAUGUUUCAUAGCUAUAGCUCAGUGUUUUCCUUCAUUUACAUUGUCUCAUGAUCUCGAAAGAACAUUCAUCCAUGACUAAUGGAGUGAGUCCUCCUCUUUAGAUCAUUUAUUUUAGAGAUCGGCUGCAUUCUCAGUGUCAGCUUGUGGACAACUCAACGGAGUUCUCCAAAUCUAAUAAUCGCAUAUUGCAUGUGUUUCUUCAAAAUUAGAUAGAUAAAUGCACUUUAAACUAUCCAAUCAGAGGAAAGCAUGGAUAUUUUAGUCAUCAGCCGAAGGUGACUUACAACACAAUCACCUGCAGUGCCUACUAUCUCAACAACAUGCAUCAUCUUGAUUUUAUUUCAAAACCACAAAAUGGGAGAAAUUCUGGCAGUAGUGUGAAAAAAGGAAGAUACUUUUUUGGCCUUUAAAUCCAAUCUAUAUUUUAUGUUAAAACAUAUUUUGUUGUUUUUGUUGUUGCAGACUGAAAAACCAGACCGACGUCAUACCUUUGCCUCCUUAGCUUUGCGUAAGCGCUACAGCUAUCUGACCGACCCUGCAGCGAGUGAGUUUAACAUUUUUACUUUCAUAAAUCCUCAAUUGAUGCAAAAUAUCAAUAACGUUGUACAACUUCAUAUGCAGUGUAAGAUAUUGCCUUUAUGAUAUAUCCAUACAUCCAUAGUGUAGAAUUAUGAGCACUUUGCAUACUGUCAUCAUACACAUCAUGAUUCAUAUCCAUCCACGACAACACUUGCAUGGUUUACUGUGUCUUAUACUUUGCAGACCCUCUCCAUUUUGUGAAAAAUAUUUUCCUGUUUUUUGUUGUCUCAUCACAUUUGAGGGAAAACAACUGGCAUUGCAACAUCCAAAUGCUAAUUUAUUAUUUUUUAAUUGAUUUUGAACCUUGUGUCAAAUUAAAUUAUUAUCUUGUAUCUUUUUCAUUCUUUUGAAGAACACCUCACUCUUAUGGGCUUUGUGAUUGUUCAAGGCCUUUCAUUUUGUGUGAACCAAUCAAUAAGUGAAACCUUGAGACAAUUAUUGCACCAAUAAUCUACUAAAAGGAUUGUGGGGUCAUUUCUGGCAUUGAAUAUGAUCAUGAAGUGCAUCGAGCAUAUAAAAGGCACUGUAGCAAAAAGGCAAACAGACAAAGCACAUUGAAGGUCAAAUAGAAUGGUUGUGUUGUUGUCUUGGUACGUUUCUAAUAUUUUCUUCUCCACUGUUCGAAAUCGCAAGCAUUUUGUUGCCUCAUAUGCUUCAUCAUGUGUUAUCUUGUAUCUUUUCUAUUUAUGACAGUUCAUUGACCUCGAACAAUCACUUUUCAUCCCAUCUUUGUUUAGAUAGUAAUUGACGUUGCAUAAAUGCACCAUUGUAUUAUUCUUACUGCUUUGAUUAAUAUUGGCCUACUGACUCCAACUUUCUCUUUCUGGUUUUUCUGUUUUAUUAUUUAAAUUAUUUUUUGUUGAAUUUAUGUUCAAUCUUUGGUUUGGUUAUUCAAGAAACAACUGAUCGGAGCUCGCCGAGAACACAGCCUACUGGCUACGCUUACAAACCUGUCUUUUCAACGAGAUCUUAUCAGGCGUGGUCGGCUGUUCCUAUCUCCGUCCCUGAGCAAGCCAAGUCUGGGUUCGGUUCCCACUCCAGUUCAUCGUCCAACACGCCCAAUGCCUCUCCACUGAAGUCUGUGUGGUCCAUCACCUCAGCGUCCCCCAUCAAGUCCAACAUAGGUGGCUCGUCGGCCCAUUCCAUCAAGUCAGUCAGCGACGUAGCUUCCCCCAUCAGGUCGUACAGGACUAUUUCAUCCCCAAUUAAGACUGUAGUUCAGCAGACCCAGUACCCAGUUCAGGUCACCGCCAGUCUCCUGUCAUCGCCAGUCAGAAGCGUCCCAGACCCCAUUUCCAUCAAGGAACUGGCAGCAUUGUCUUCUAGAACCUCUCCUAUCACCAGUGGUGGAGGGUGUCUGCUAGAGAGGUCAUCAAUCGCCAUGAGCCCACCUGCUUCCCCCAAAUCCUCACUGAAAAUGUACAGUUCAACUCUGCCAUUCAAGGGUGUCAUGGUGGGCACUGGCGCCACAGCAUCGUCCUCUCCAAUAAAAACUGUUCCUGGCCUCAACUCUGUCCGGUCCAGUGCAGACCCCUUAAGUCUAUUUUCCUCCCUUUCCUCACCAAUUAAAUCCAACACUCCUCCUAGUGCUGCAGCUCUGAUCAAUGGAACAGUAUCCCCUACAAAGUACCGCUCCUCCUCUCCCACGUCCCUACUCUCCAGCAGCUUACAGGAGAGGAUACAAGCAACCACCAAUGCAGCAACGACAAGCGUAAAUGCAGCCUUUGACGAGGUUGAAAAGACUUUCAAUUCCUGCUCUGCCUCUGGAUAUGGAACUCUGAAGUCCGUGUCCUCCUCAGCGUCAUCUUCUUACCAAUCCAUAAGAUCCUCAGCCUCUAGUUCCCUAUAUGCCUCUCUAAGGUCCCCACCGAACUCUACCACCACUGUCACAUCUGGCACCAUGACUGUCCCAGUGUAUUCGGUUAUAAAUGUGUUGCCAGAGCCCCAAUUUAAAAAGCUCCCUGAGGUGUCAACGCCAGCUGCUGCCCUCUUCUCCUCUCGAAAAACUAUGCCUGCUGAGACAAACUCUCAAGCCCAGUCUUCCUUUGCCAGAACUCUGUCACCUGUCAAAUCCCCCUUAUUCAUGCCCCCGGCUGCCCUAAAAUCCACCACCUCAUCCCCGCUGUCCUCCAGCCAAGAGAUACUGAAGGACGUGGCAGAAAUGAAAGAGGACUUGAUACGGAUGUCUAACAUCUUGCAAACAGAACCAAGUUCAGCCUCCAAAGGUUUCCAGUCUGACUCUCCCAAAGAGGCUAAAAUAGAGGACGAGGAGCCUUGCAGAAUUGUAGAGAAAGUGAAACAGGACCUGGUCAAAGUUAGUGAGAUACUGACCAAGGAUACGGUCAAGGAUAGCAAGACAGCUAUUAAAAUGAAUACAACAGAUGAGGUGCAGUGCUCUAAACAAGCACCAGUGGAUCCCCAGCCAAGCAACUGGAGUUAUCCACCAAGAUAUGAGACAGUGGUUCCUCAAAUCAAAACUAAGACUAUACCAGACAGAGAUUUCAAUCUAUUGAAGGUAGUAGACUACUUGACAAAUGACAUGGGCAGUGGCUCUAUCUCAAAAACUGCAGAUGCAAAGCAUAGAUCUGAUGAGGUUAGAAGGGAAGGAGAGGAGAAACAAAAACGAAUGCUUAAACCUGAGCACAAGCUGAAAAUGCCACCCGCAAACAUGCGGUCCUCUGCCUCAGAAAAGGAGCUCUGUAAACUAGCAGAUGUGCUAUUUGGGCCUGAUGCCAUGUUAGAAUCUCCAGAUGACAUCUCACAUGACCAGGACAAGAGUCCCCUCUCAGACAGUGGCUUUGAGACAAGGAGUGAAAGGACGCCCUCUGCACCACAGAGUGCGGAAGGCAUGGGACCCAAGGCACUUUUCCAGGAUAUUCCACCAGUAAUCACUGAGACAAGGACUGAGGUUGUUCAUGUUAUUAGGAGCUAUGAGUCUCCUGAAGAUAACAAGCAACCAAUGAUGGAGGAUACAAGGGCGGUUAGAUACAUUGAUGCUGAACCCAAAGGGCUGAAUGCAUCCAAUGUGGACCAAACUAAAUCAUUUCAGAUGAAAAUCAGCCCGGACGAUGACUCAAUGGGCAAGAGCAUGCGGGUGAAGGAAGAGACCCACAUCACGACUACCACCCGAAUGGUGUACCACAAACCCCAGAGUAAAGAGAAUACAUCAGAGAGGAUGGAAGAAUCAAUGUCAGUGCAUGAUAUAAUGAAAGCUUUCCAGUUAGGCAGGGAUCCCUCCAGAGAACUUGCUGGACUGUUUGAGCACAGGGCCGGCAAUGAUGACACAUCGCAGAGGGAUAUAAACUCAAAGCCCAAAGUUGAAAGAAUAAUCGAGGUUCACAUUGAAAAGGGUAACAAAACUGAACCAACUGAGGUCAUCAUCCGGGAAACAAAAAAUGACCCAGAGAAGGAGAUGUAUUUCUACCAAGGGAACAGUGGACUGUCACGACAGGGAGAGGAGGAGACUGAAGAAUCGCUCCCCUGUUACCUAGAGUCUUCCAGAGUAAACACACCCAUGUCACAGGAAGACGACAGUCGUCCAAGCUCUGCACAGCUCAUGGCAGAUGACUCGUACAAAGCCCUGAAGCUUCUCAGCCAGCACUCAGUGGAAUAUAAUGAUGAUGAAUCAUCAGAACUCAGAGGGGAGUCCUACAACUUUGCAGACAAAAUGCUUCUCUCUGAGAAACCAGACUCUUCUCACUCUGACACCGAGGAGUAUUUGAGGGACAGGUCUCGUUUUCACUCCCCAGAUAGGAGUAGUUAUAGUCAGGGACGGUCUAAUGGAUCAAGGCAAGAAUAUAUUUUGAGGUCAUCAAACACCGACAAAUCAGGUCAAAUUGCCAAUGUAGACGAUAACUUUGACAAACUAACACUAUUGCAGUAUUCCUCAGAACCUGGUAGCCCAAAGCACUCUGUUUGGAUGCGUGUCACUGAUGACAGACAGAGCCAGAAUAGAGAAAAGCUCAUCUAUGAAGACAGAGUAGACAGAACUGUUAAGGAAGCAGAGGAAAAGCUUAGCGAAGUCUCUCAGUUUUUUCGUGAUAAGACAGAGAAACUGAACGAUGAGCUCUCAUCCCCUGAGAAGAAGUCCCGCAGGUCAGACUUUAGGGAAACACGAUCUGGGCCUAGCUCUACGCACAGCAGUCCUGAAAGAUCAGCAUACAGGAAUGGGAGCAGUGGUGAAGAAUGUAGAGACCGUUUCAGAGACAGGUUUGGCUCCAAUGAUAGAAAAUGUGCUAGUUUACCAAGCAGCCCAGAGAGGAGAGUGCUGCUACAAUAUAAGGAUGACAAUAGAAAACCAGGGGAUGGCAUCUCACAGGGCAAUGCGGGUGAUGCCUCUAAACCUUUUCAAAUGUCAUCCUCCAAAGUCAGCGCUGUUAGGCUACAAUUUGAACAAGAGGCUCAAAAGCAAGAUACGGGUCCACAAUGGGGACAAACGUCAAAUCCCCCAGUAAGAAAACUCCAGGAAAGUAAGUUGCCUGUGUAUCAAGUUUUUGCAGGCUCAAAUAUCCCCAAAUCACCAGACAGUCCAGCAUGUACCAGGAAGGUUCUAGAAAGUGAGGUAAGAGGAUCUAGUGGACAAAGCCCCAGUGCUAAUAGGUAUAUUUACUCAUCUCCUAAACACGGCACAAACGGAAAUGAACAGGAAGAAAAAAAGUCCUUCAAAACUUGGGAAUGUCAUGGAAAUGGAAACUAUAAACCCCAAGUGUCAAAACUAGCUCACACGUUAGUUCAAGAUGCGCAUGCCAAUGACAGCAAUUCACAAAGAAAACUUCAGGGCUUUAGAGAUGGGAUAACCAGUAAAGAAGAGACAACCCAAAAAACAAUUUACACAGAGCUUGUGGUCCGAGAAAACCCAAAUAGUAGUGAUGUACGUACUGGUAGUCUAAAAAAAAACUCGGAAUCGCAAAUUCCUGUUAGAAUGCCGUGUAGUUUCUCAGAGAAUCAGCAAUCCACAUCAUUAAAAUUAGAUACAUCUGUUAAACUGUGUGAAAGGGCAGGAUCACAAAUACCUACUUUAGCUAGAAAUCGGUUACACAGCGGCUCUGAAGCCAACAAAUCUACAAACGACUCAUCAGUAGAAAAAUCCUCAGAUUCUUAUGAUAGUAGUCAGUCAACUGUAGUAUGUAAUGGUAUAGAUAGCGACCAAGUAGAGUACUUGGAAAACGUAACCCCUGUAGUUGUCACUGAGGGUUUCAAAGACAUCAAACCGUUGCCAGUUUAUGUUAGCAUCCAAGUGGGCAAGCAAUAUGAAAAAGAAACAACUGGUCUGCUGGGAACAUACCAAAAGAUAGUGAGUCACGAGAGCCGAACAGUGCACGAGACACGGGGAGCAUUUUAUACCGUCAAACAAAAACAACCCCCAUCUCCUCAAGGCAGCCCAGAGGAUGACACUCUAGAGCAAGUUACUUUCAUGGACAGCUCUGGCAAGAGUCCUGUUACUCCUGAGACACCAAGCUCUGAGGAGGUGAGCCUUGCCUCCAGAAAGACAGAUUCCGUGAUUGGAUAUAUGCCCGGCAUGCCCAGUCCAAUAGCAGAGGAGUCUGAGGAAGACGAAGGAAAGACCUGCAUCUACAGGGAGUCUCUGCCGGAGAAAACCAAGCCUGCCUCAUCAGAACCCUCCAUCAGAAACCAGGAAACAGUGAAACGACCCAAAGAGAAACGAGUCGCUUACAUUGAGUUUCCCCCACCUCCGCCUUUAGAGGCAGAGCAUUCUGACCCUGAGAAGAGGGGGUCUUGUGCCUCCUCAGAGGCUGAGACAGAGAUGAUGGAGGUGAACCUCCAAGAGGAGCAUGAUCAGCACCUCCUUGCAGAGCCCAUCAUCAGGGUUCAGCCUCCCUCUCCAGUUCCCCCUGGAGCAGACGACAGCGACUCUAGUGAUGAUGAGUCUAUCUUCCAUCCCAUCCCCAACAAAAAGUACACCUUCAAGAUGAAGGAGAAGGAGGAAGGAGAGAAGCGUCUUAAACCCAAAAAGCCGGAGAGGAACGGAAACAACAAGGAGUCAGGCACUAAUGGCGUUGUAAAAGCAGAGGAGGAAGACUUGGAGCAAAAUGGCAAUGACCAGUCAAUCACAGACUGCUCCAUAGCCACAACUGAGUUCUCUCAUGACACAGAUGCUACUGAAGUAGACUCUCUCGAUGGCUAUGACCUUCAAGAUGAGGAUGAUGGGUUGAGUGAACAAGACCCUAAGACAUCCAGCCUGUCCAAUGACGGCAAGACAUGUGAUCGUUCCUUCAGUCAAUCAAAGCUUGAAGUCAUAGAGGAGGAGAAAACACCAAGUGAGGAUGGAGGGGAUAAUGGGAAAGCAAACUCUGACCAAAACACAGGAGAUGAAAAAGACUACACUCUUGAGGGAAGACAUCCAGAUAGACAGGGCGAUAGACAAGGCUUUGCAGAUAACUUAUUUGGCUAUCAACUCGAAGAGGAGUUAAACUCUACCUUCAAAACUGUCGCCACGAAAGGCUUAGACUUUGACCCCUGGUCAAGCAAAGGCGGAGAAGGAGUUUUUGAUGCCAAAGCGAAAGAAGAAGAUCCCAAGCCUUUCGGUUUGUCUGUGGAUGACAAGUCGCAAGGCACCACUCCAGACACUACCCCUGCUAGAACCCCGACUGAUGAGAGCACACCGACUAGCGAGCCUAACCCUUUCCCCUUCCACGAGGGGAAGAUGUUUGAGAUGACGCGCAGUGGUGCAAUUGACAUGAGCAAGCGGGACUUUGUUGAAGAGAGGCUUCAAUUUUUCCAGAUUGGUGAGCAUUCCUCUGAUGGGAAAUCAGGGGACAAGGGGAGAGGGGGCAAGAGUCCAGGGGUAGUUACCUCUCAGUCAAACACAGGGGAGAGGGGUGAAGGGGUGAAGGUAGAGACUGCCACAGACAGCAGCACAUCAGCAAAGUGCAGCCCUGCACAGACUGGCACUGGCUGUAGCGAUGCUCCUUCUGGUGUCACUGUAGCCGAGAACACAUCCUCAUGCACGAUUACGGCCUCUAAAGUUGACCCCAAAUUACGCACCCCCAUUAAGAUGGGAAUAGCCGUCUCCAUUACAGUGAAAAAAGACUCAGGGGAUCUCACAGAAUGUAAGGCAGAGAUGUCAGAAAGUCAGAUGGCAGAGUACAUUACCUUGGAAAACCAGUCAGAGGAGAGUCAAUCUAGCAGAUACACAGACCCAAAGCUGUCAGAAAGAAGAGAUUACCCAGCAGAGAACUGCAAUAACAACAAUAACCUUGAGUCCUCGAGCGUACAGGCUAACUAUAUACAGUGUGGCAGCGUAGUGUUUAAUUUGCAGUCGUCUUCUGAACCCACACUUCAGAAAGCCAGUAGGAUUGAAGCUUUGUUCUGUAGUGACUCUGUAGAGAGAGUAGAAGAAAGCAGUGUUCAGGCUGAACAAAGACAAAGUGAAGCCAUCAAGGAAGCUGAGACAAAGCAGCAAAAGUCUAGGCUGCCUGUCAAAGCGCCAGGGUGGUCUUUUCAUACACAAGGCACAGCAAUAGGGAAGCAAAAACCCAAACAGGUUGUCAAGGCUGAGGUCAGGAGAAGAGCAGAGCCUGUCAUUGCCAAAGUAGAGCCCAGGUCUAGAAUCCCAAUCAAAGAUAUUAAAAAGAGCAGCACAACCAGCUCCCCAAUAUCAGUGCAGGUAACAGCUCAGUCUACCAGGGAGAGAGUAGCCAUACAGUUACCCUCCAGGUUCUCCAUUAAAAACAGCUCGGCAGGUGAGACGAGUAGGGAAAACGCCAGCGAGGUUUGUAAACGCACCAUCGAGUACUUUAAGGGCAUUAGCGGGGAGACGCUAAAGAUGGCCGACCGCCUGUCAGACGAAGAGAAAAAGACACAGGGAGAACAGUCCGAGGAAGACAGCACCUCCAGGAGCACCUCUCUGUCGGCCCCCUCUCAGCCCUCCCGCUCGUCGAGGUCUGGUAGAGGCUCGAGAGCUGAGGCCGGGGCCUUGUCCGUAAGGGCAAAGGUCGACAGGGCCUCCGGCAGUGAAAGGAGCAGGAGGAGUAGGCGGACUGGUGGGAAGGAGGGCAGUCAGGUUGCGGGGCAUCGGGCGCCCCCCGUCGCGGAGAUCAAGCCUAGUUUGUAAAACUUUCACACUUGUUAAAACCUUAGUUGCAUGAAGUCGUUGUGAUUGAUUGCCUGUGGCGUGUUUAUUCUCUUCAAGUAAUAGCCGUCAUUCUGUCAUCGUCAUCUAUGUACUGUGUACUGUACUUGUCCUUGUCAGACUCCUCCUUCUCCCCCCAACCCCUUAGUUGUCAGAUACCGCAGCAUGCCAGAGUAGUGACUGGUGCACUGGCACAGCCAGUCUCCUGUUGACGGCUACUGAGUCUGUCUGUGCAGGGUGGCUACUGAAAACAGCAAUUCUAGUUUAUUCGAUUUCAUGUUCAAGUUGUGUCACUGAGCUAAUUAGCCUUAGCAAAAACACAAAGGCUGUCCGCAUGUGUACUGUGUAGUCCCAUUAAGAACUGUGAAUCCACUAGAGCUCCUACGAGUACAUUACUCUUUUGACCCAUGUUUUUACUUUAUUUUGUUUGUAUAGUUCUAAUGAGAAUUACUGCCUGCUUUGAGGAUACAUAUUCACAAACAUUCACAGAGCACCUGUGUCCAAAUAACACACUGUAGUCCGUCAAAUAGAGUCUAGUCUACCUUUUCUUGCCAUUCUGGAAACUAAAUCUGAAGUGUUGUCAGCCUAACCAAGCCAUUGAAUAAUACUAUUCACAUUCACAGUAAACAUGUUGAUUAAACAUGUCUAUAUCAAACCCAGAGGAGAAGUUCCAAACACUGUUUGAAUUUAUAUAAUUUGGAAAAUACCACGCUUGGCCAGAAAAGGAAAGAGUCCUCUGUACUCCUAUUUCAGUCAGUAGAAAAGAUACUGAACAGUGUUGAUUAAUAGAUGUUCUCUGCCCUUCAGGUCCUCAGAGUCCCUGUGAGCGAACAGACCUGCGGAUGGCCAUCGUGGCCGACCACCUGGGACUUAGCUGGACUGGUAAGGAAAUGGUGCUCCCUGGUCUCAGUGCCAUCUGGCUUCAUGGCUGCCUAUCCUCCUGCUUUCUCCUCUCUCAAGAAACCAACACUGAUAUUAUUGUGAGGAAACAGUGCCCUCUUCAGAGUGACACUUCCUGCACUGAAAUCUGCAUACUCAUGUGUGUCCAGUAAGCCUGUAUGAUAUAGAAAUGGAUGUCUUGAACUGAUGUGAUGUAAUGUAUUUUUUGAUGCGUUUGCAGAGCUGGCUCGGGAAAUGGACUUUUCUGUCGACGAGAUCAACCACAUCCGAGUGGAGAACCCCAACUCCCUGACAGCGCAGAGCUUCAUGCUGCUAAAGAAAUGGGUCAGCCGGGACGGUAAAAACGCAACGAGUGAGUGUCCCUCUUUCUCCCAAAUGUAUUUCUACCCCGUGGCUUUCUGUUAAGAGUUCUUCUAUCACAUGUCUCACUCUAUUGCACUUGUGUGAUUGUGUACCACAGAGCCUCACAACCUCUUUCAUCCCCCUCUUCUGAUCUCUCUCUCUCUCCCGCUUAAUACGUGUCUGUGAAGGUUUUAUAGUGAAUUACAUUCUGAGAUGACUUAUGUAGAAGCAGAAUGGCCUCUGUUUAUUAAGAUUCCUAGUGCAGUUGUCUUUCAGCUGCAUAUGAAGUCACCUAUCUUUGUCAUGCUCCGGCAGUCUUUUAGAAAUACUCAGGACAUUGUGUUCAGGACAUGAAAAGGUCAUUUGGCCUCUUUUCCUUGUACAAGAGAAGAGGACAAUGGCAAUCCUCUUUUCACCUUCACACACUGCAGUGUGAUAGUAAACUAUUUAUAUUGAUUACCUCGUAAGAGUUAUGACAAUGAAAACAUCUGGAUUAAGGACCAGUGCGUAUUGUACAAACCACUUGCUAUAUUGUACAACAGUGUCUUGUAUUUGUUUGACUGACUUUCCGUUGUCUGUUUUUCUUACAGCGGAUGCCUUAACUGGAGUGCUGACCAAAGUCAAUCGGAUGGAUAUUGUGACUUUACUGGAGGGGCCGAUAUUUGACUAUGGUAACAUUUCAGGCACGAGAAGUUUUGCCGAUGAUAACGCUGUUUACCUGGAUCAGGCUGAUGGUAAAGUUUAGCUCCAUCUAGCUGACCUCUUACCUCUGCUGCCUCCUCUUUUGUUUUUGCCUUAGUACUGUAGCAAAAAUAAGAACAAAUUGCCUGGCUAUACUAUUGAAUGCAAUUUGCCUAUAGUGACUACAGCACCCUAUCUUAGAUAGGGCGAUGUCUGACCCUUAGUUUCCUGCUUUAUUUUCAGCUUUAGUCUACCCAUUUUCUGACAUGCACUCAAAUGAGUGUGAGGAAAUUUUAGCAUGCAGAGUACCAUGGGUUCACUUUUAACCUAGUCAAUUCAGGGAAUUUAUUAUAAUUCACUUUUUGGAAUGACUGGGUUGCUAUUAAAUUGACACCAACCCUGAUGAUGAAGGUAGCAGGUUAAACCCAAAACUUUUCUAGAGAUGUCUUGAUUGACAUGACCCGAUUAGCACUUUGAUAUGAGUUAAUCCCUCUAAAAAUCUAAUUGCGUUUGUGCAUCAAGGGUUUUGAAAGAUGAAUUGAUGACAAACACUAAAACAAUCCAUGAUGCUAACCAGUUGCAUGCUGUAACACACUGCUUUUACCUGCUUACCUUACUACUGUAUAAACCCUUUGUUCCCUAAUGCAUGGGACUGAACAGAAAGUCUGUACUCAUCUAUACCUCUAGAUCUGUUUAGUCCACAGUACCUCCAGUUCCUCUGAGCCCUCCCCGGAUAGAAUGACAGAGCUUCCUCCUCUGUGGAACCAGACUACCCACAUGCUCUCAUCCAUCACCAAAGCCCAACCUCCAGGGCAGCUUAUAACAGCUCUUAACCGCUUAUUAAGAGUUGUGUGCUGUCAUCUCUGCUCUUCCCUUCCCUGCCUCCUAAUCUCUCAAAAUCACCUCUCUGUCCUGUCUUGCUAACACGUUUUUGUUUGCUGUUAGCUUUUUUGUAUGUCUUUGUUUCGCUUUAAUCGUCUUGUAUCCUCACCUGUAGCAUGCUUUGCUGUUCCUGAGAGCUCCUCCAUAUCUGCAUUCCCAGUUUCUCCCUCGAUUGAGAAUCAUUCCCUAAACCCUGAUUCCUCCUUGGUCUUGCAGACCUCCACACCCCACUCCCUUACUAAGUUCACACCCCCACAUCGUCCAUUAUCUCCCAGCCGAUCCCCAAGUUAUGGGUCCUCUGUCUUACCCCCGUCCCCACCACCUGAUCCAGCAACCUCUCCUCUUCCAUGUCUCCUUCUCAUCCCCCAGUCUUCAAGUCUUCAACCCACUAGGGACCCCAGUCAACCCACACACCUGUCCUCUACUCCUAUACCCCAGCUAAUUCCCUCAUCUCCUCCUCAGUCACCAAGUCUUAAACCUACUGGGACGCCACAGCCUUCUCCUCUACUCCCACCCCCCAGCUCUCUCCCGAUGUGACCCCAUGCCGGUUCCUCAGUGUUGAAUCAUUAGAAACCCCAUUUCCCCCUUUGUCCCACCCCCUCCUUUGCCGUCCUCCCCCUAAUAUCAGCUUCAGGGUCUCGCUGCCCUAGUCCUGGCCCUUCCUCCCCUCCCAUCUGUUCCCUGUCCCCCUGUCCUGUGUGUCAGUGUCCCUCUGUGUCAGUGUCCCUGUGUUCCCUGUGUGUCAGUGUCCCUGUGUGUCAGUGUCCCUGUGUGUCUCCCGUACCUUCUCCUUCAGCUCCUCUCCCUUGGGUUCGCAUCUACCCCUCUAACCUAGAAAUAUUCAUCUAGGCCCCCUCACCCUCUCCUAUCUUCGGUUAUCUUUUCUGUGUGAGCAUGACCCACUCAAAUCUUAUCUAAUAAAACCCACUCAUCGCACAUAUGCAAAAUCAUAUUCCUAGCACGCCUCACAUAGAUUAUUUAUUUCUGUUUUGUUUUCUUAUCUCAUCUCAAAGGCUGCAUAUGAAUCCAUCCCUUUAACAGAAGAAAACAAAACUUGUCAUAAAACUGUUAAAAGCUGUGAUGGACAAAAGUAUUGAUCGUUUUUGUCCGUGUAAAUAUACUUUUCUUAUCACAAUUUUACCUUGAGUUUCUCAAAGAUAGCUCUCAAGUGAAUCAAAAGUACUGCAUAUUGUGCUGGAGAUUUGUGACAGUGUCCCCUCUGAGUGUCACCACAAUUAGUGGAUGUUUUGUUGCAUGCUCUAUUGUCCGUCUCUGUGCAUUUGUCCAUGUGGUGUGUGUGGUUUAUGUGGGAUGUCUUGUGUCAAGUGCUUCCAUGUGCUUAUAUCAUCUCCCAACAGAUGAUCACAGCAUCCUAGUGGAGCUGCAGUCCCCAGCCCAACUGCACUCUGACCCUCCCUUCACGGAGCUCCACUCUCAACCCCCUACCCUCACCAUCGACCCCACCCCUGUCCAGCUCCAUCCAGACCCCCCUACCCUCAUCCUCACCCAGUCUGAGCCCUGGACUGACCACAUGGAGCCUAGUGUGGACCCUGACACCUCCACUAGGACCCCCCAUAGGCCCUGUGAGCUGUCCCUGUCCAUUCCCACCCUUCACUUAGAUCCCACCGCUGCCAGCAACACAGGAAUGGCUGAAGGUGACCAGGUGCUGAUGGUAGAAGAAGAGAAAAAGGAAGUGGACAUAAGCCUCCAACAGCAGGAGGACAGCAGACAGACAUGGGCAUCAGAGGAGGUGGCUGAGGAGGAGGUGGCGGAGGAGGCUGAGGAGGAGGAGGAGGAGGAGGGGGCUGAGGAGGUCGUAAAGGGAGGUGGUGAGGAAGGGGUAGAGGCGGGUGAGAUGGCAGAAGAGGGGGAUAAAGUGGUAGAAGCUAAGAAUGGGGCUAAGGUGGUGGUGGAGUGGGGUAAGGCAGUAGAGAAUGGGGCUGAGGUGGUGGUGGAGGGGGGUAAGGCAGUAGAGAAUGGGGCUGAGGUGGUGGAAGAGGGGGGUGCAUACCUCUCCCCUCAGGCCUGGGCUGAGGCGUUGGGGGAGCAGGGUGUGUCUGGUUCCACCGAGGAAGAGGAUGGAGACGAAGACGAGAUGACAGAAGAUAAGUUAAAGUCACUGUUGGAGGAUAUUAAUUUGGAGGAAGGCUCAGAGGAGGAGAACGAGGAAAUUACGGAGGCCAGGGUUCAGGAGAUUCUUAGUCAGGUGCAACAGGCAGAAAAAGACGUGUGUUCACUUCCAGGUUGGCACAGUGACACUUCCAGCGUCAACGUGGAGCCGCCCACACCUGGCCGCAGUGUGAGCUCAGACCUGCUAGACCGCCAGGAAAAUAGGUACACAAAACUAAAUUAUUCCAUCACAGUUAUGGAUUAAGGAUAAAUACACUUUCAUGUAAAUCUACAACUGGGAUUUAAUAUCUUCGCUUCAGUCUUUCUGCCUUCGUCACAAUUUAAUCAGUCAAUUUGAUACCAACCCCAUCCUAUUCUCAAUCUAACUCUUUAUCUUAGUCAAUGUUGAUCUCAAUCUGAAUCGUAAUCCUAAACCAUUAAUCUGAGUUUUAAUCUAAAUCUCAAAUGUACCCUUUUUCCUAAUCUCUCCCCACAGCCAGGAGAACUCCAGUGACUCCAUCACCUCUUCCUCUAGAGGGGAGCCAGGGAGGUCUAGGCACAAUGGCGAUCACACGGAGCUACCACCUCAGGACGGGUCACUUCCUGUACCGCAGGACUCAGCCAACGGAAGAACUGGACAUGGGAAGGAAGAAGGCACACUUGUGUCUGAGAAGAAAGUCCAGGUAAAUACAAAGAUUAUGUAAGAUACUAUACUGUAAGUGUUUUGGUAGAAUGUGUGUCUACUACAGUGAAUACUGCUCAUCAGGUACAUCACUGUUGUUUCAUUUUUACAGUGAACCAUGAAGUGGAUGUCUAUACUUUCAAAUCAACUGUAAAUUUAACUGGACCUUUUUUUUCCCAGAAGUGCCAUUGUUUAUUAUUAUAGAAGAACUUUGGGAUUGUGUGACGCAAAAAAUAUUCUCUCCCACCUACGUAUUUUCUGUUCCCAUCCCUUUCUCACUGUCUGUAAUGUUGCUUAACUGCAUUCUUCAGCAGCGUUUUAGUGAGUCCGGUUCUGACGAGGAACGGACCGUCACCACCAGGGUGUUUCGGCGCCGGGUCAUUCUUAAGGUACCCUGCUGAGACUGGGUGAAGGUUUGGUUUAGGUUGGCGAUAGAUAGUUCAUCUGUCUUUGCCUCCUGGUGUGCAGUGGACUGGUGUGGCUUAACUGACAGCAAGCAGUGGGAGAAAAAGGAAACGUCUGAAGUUUGUGUACGGUGUGUGUACAGUGUUUGAAUGGUGUGUGUGCGAGCGUGUUAGUGUGUCCUGGCCUGGUAACCUGCUUUCAUGGCUUGACUUUAAUCAAGGAAAAUGUUGUGUCUCACUGUUGCCUCUGUGAUGCCAUUUAAAGGGACACGUCACUUUCAUUUUGAUAUUGCUUGACUCAACAACUCUUGGGGAAUUCAAAGAUAUUCUCUCUCCUCUAGAGGUUUGCUUGCAGUUUGAUGGUGCUGGUGCUGCAAAGUGUGUUAGUGGUUUGCUGUUACACUGGCUGAGGUGACUUUGGACCAAAUAUGAUUGUAGUUCUAACCAUGAGCACUUACAGGGAGAACAGGCAAAGAAUAUUCCAGGCGAAUCAGUGACAGAAGAACAGUUUACCGAUGAAGACGGUAACAUCAUCACUAGAAAAGUAACUAUCUGCCACUGCCUUCACUCUGAUUCACCCGUCUUCCUAAAAACACACCUAUGAAUUAUCAUACCCACCUCCUGUAAACUCUCCUCCCAAAACGACCUAAACCCUCUCCCCUUGUGUUUGUGCGUGUAUCUCGGUCAUACUCUCUCCUUCUUGACCAUGAUCACUAUCUCCGCCCCAUUUCCCAGGUCAUCAGAAAGGUCAUCCGGCGCGUGUCCACGCCCACGCCUGACGACCAGGGCGGGGACAGGGGGAGUUUGGACCGAGGAGACCCCUGGCCCUGCCCUUUCUUACUGGAGGAGGAGUUAGAGGUUGGCAUGACGACGGAAUAGGCUGCAUAGAGGGUUGCCCCAGGGGUGUUCUAGGGUUCUGAGCCUGAACAGACUCUAGGGCACAUGCCUCUAGAAUUCUGUGUGCUUUCACUUCAUGGUAUCCUGCUAACUGUGUAUAAUGCUAACAUUUGCUUCUGUGGUGGGGUUUACUGCUUUCAGGUUGCUAUUGUUACAACAUCUCACAUGUUGCUUAUCUCUGGUCUAGCUGCACUCGGGUUGCUGUUUCAGGUUGCUGUGUUGGGUUACUGCUUGUCAGGAUGCCUCAGGAUGGGGUUCUGAGAUUUGCUUUGCCUCACUCGUAUGUGUGUGUGUUGCAGCAAGGAGAUGGAGCUAAAAGCAGGAAGAAGGAGGAGAGGAGGUCGGGAGAAAAGAAGCUUCAAUCGUAGGGGUAGCUGUGCUCCACCAGGUACUUUACCAAGUAAAGUGCUUUACUCCCCCCACUUCUCUAAUACACUUGUAAUUUUUUAUACCCCACACUGUUCAGUGGUGUGCUCAAUAUUUUCUGUUCCAUUCCAUAUACAUGUCUAAACCUGGUGCAGCUCUGCUCCAUUUCACUAUACUUGUUCUGUUUUCUUCUGCACUGUUCUCCACUCUGAUUAAUGUACUUCAUUCUACUCCUAACAGUACACACAAGCAGACCUCUUGUCUGUUUUGAUUCUGGCUGCGUUUUGUCCUUUGUCAGCUGUGUGGGUGGGUGACUAGUCACAAAGGGUACAUGGAUGAUGCUUAAAACACACAUCAGCGUAUAUUGUCACACAGACACUCUCUCUAACUCUCUGUUUGUCCAUUAAAUCACCCCACAGGCCAGUUUAUAGACUACCAUUGUGUGGGAAUUACAUUACAAAGAGAGGUGGCUAUCUGAUUGGUUACUGUUAAUCCCUGUAAGGUGUUGUGAACUAUAUGCAUCAAUAAAUUAUUCAGUUUAAGCAAACCUGAAUAAAAAGAGUAGUGGCACUCUAUAAUGAACUAUGGCUCAACUGGUGGUUUCCAUGACAACCAUGGUGACCAUUACAACCCGUAGCCCAGAGACCUCUUGAUGCUCUCUAGCGUCGUCGAGUGAUUGCUCCCGUAGAUUUGUGGGUGGCUUGCAAAAUUGAACUUGUAAAAGUCAGUAAACUGAAUUAGUAAAACUAAGGGACCCAUAAGCAUUAGUGGAUGCAUGGGCUAUGUCCUCUAUAAUGGCUCCCUUCUUUCAAACUCAACAGCUGCCCAAAAUGCUGCCAAUAUCUGAUAUGUUGUCAUCUUUUCUUAAUUUUCAGGUGUGCAGGAAUUAUUCUCAUCUGUUUCCAGGGCAGAAAGUUGCAAACUGAAAAACUCAAGAAAUUUCAGCCAGGACUUGACCCGUCUGAUUUCAAUAUGAGCAUAUAAAACUCACUCCCUGUCAAUUGAGGGACCUGGAAGGUUCUCACCAUGGAAUCUGAAUUCUAAUUGUAUGGCUCUCACUUCCUGUGGUCUAUGGACCAGGAGAAUUCUGCUUCCUGUUUGUGACUCGUAACGUGCCAUUGGUGUGAGAGCUUUUGAGGAGCAUUGUGGUGACAAUAAAAAGGACUCCAUCACAGAAAAACUACAGGUGCAACUGAACAUAUACUUACCUGUGACCAAAGAUGGCACAAAAGCUCAAUUCUAGUAGUAGGAGAAAGAAAAUCAACAAAAUUACACAAAAACUAGAGGAACACUUCUGAUCCACCUCCAACACUCGCCUUAUAGUUUUGUCUUGGACCCAUAAAUGUCAGGUUGUAAAUUGCUGUGGGUUUUGUUUUCCUUUUUAAAACUGAAAAUAACACAAGGCUUUUUCCUGUAUAUAAAUUACAAUGUGUACAAUUAAAAAAUUAUGAGUUACAGGAUGAUAAUGCACAGGAGAGAACUUUACAAGUGCUUUCAAAAUUAUUAUCAAAAUGGUUCCACUUUUAAGGAAGAUUUGAGUGUAACUUCACAUUUUCUUGUAUAAUUCAUUAUUUUAGCAGGUAUAAUGUUUGUAUAUGAAAAAAGCUGGUUAGAUUUUACAGAGGAAAUUUCCAGAAAAUCUUCUGCGAAUUUCAGUGAUUCCUAAAAAGGGGAUGUAUUUAAUUCUGCAAAAGCAGAGUACUCAUAUUUUCAUGCAUGCCGUUCACAUUAUUUUAAGUACAAUUUUUACAAGUUUGCAAACACUGUAUUAAAAUGAGAAUUAAAACCCUUAACCUGUGUACACAUAUAGAUAGCCCUUGCAUUUGUCACCAGUUUUAUAUUUGAAAUGAAAAAAAUACCAUAAAAGCAUUUAUUGUGUCUGGAACGAGGAACAGUAUGAAGAAAAUUAGUUCUAUAGCUUCUUGAGGGUUUAAUGUAGCCUACCGUUUGUCUAUGUAAAACUGAACGGCAGCUUCUGCAGGCAUUAGCAUAAAUGCUACGAGAAAGAAGUUAUCUGAAUGUAUAUUCUAGUAGACUGGCUCGCUGUAAAAGUAGAACUGUAUUCUGUGUAUUGGCUAUAAGGUGUAGAGGUCUCUGUACGCUGUAAGACUGUUUGUAAUCAUUUUAGCAGUGUGUCAUUUGGUUUAUAAAGGCUGCUGUGGUUUUAAAGAAAAGGUGUCAUUUCCUUUUGGGUUUUGGUGAAGUAUUUCCUUAAAUUUAAUCUACUCACAUAAAGACACAUAAGACAUUAUUUGAUUGUAGCUCUUAAUAGAAAAUGUAUGACAAAAACACUGGAUGGUCAAAACGAUUAUUUAAGCAUCAAAUUAAUUGUGUUGAACUCUGAAAUUGUGUGAUCUUUCUAGGCUUGAGAAUCUGUAUGCAGUGUCUAACUAGCAUUCAUUUGAUAGCUCAUUGGCGAUUACUUUGCGUUAGAUCUUCUCUUUGUAUUGGUUUGACUAGAGGCCCAUGUAGUUAAAGUGUGGUGUUAUUCUGGUGUAAAGGCUCAGAUUUAGUGUGAUGAUGAUGUUUAUGCUGUGGACAUGACAACCAUGUAAAGGACUGAUUUUCCUUUUUUGACAAGUGAAGUCAUUUAGGGUAUUGUAUCAUAUCUCCUAUCCUACAUGUCAAUCAGGAGGUAGAGGUUAAUUUGAUCAAUUUUGUUUGAUAUGUGUUUUCACCUGAGCUAAUUUUUCGAUGUACAAUUCUUACUAACAGAGUGAAGCCAUUGAAAUGUAACUAUUCUAGCACUUUGGUUAUUCAAGGUCUUCUUUUGGAGGUUAUAGCAGCAAUGACGCCACCACAAUGUUUCAAUUUUAAAAAACGAAAUAACAAAAUAAAAAUGCAUUUAUUUUGCAAUCAGUUGUUUCUGUUUUAUCUUUGUGUUUGUUUAUGUGAUGUUGAAUCUCUUAUGUUUGUAAGAAAUUCCAAUGGAUUGGGAAAUGUCUAGGCUAAGGGAUAAAAGAGGUUGGCAGAUACCUGUGAUGUAAUAUAUGACUGAACAAUCAGCCGGACACAAGAAGAGGUAGUACAUCAAUAAUAACAAAAUAAAAUUUUCAAGAAAUGAAAUCUGUGUCUUUCUAAGCCCCUUUAAUACAACAACCACAGUAAAAACCUGAUUUUAGCACAUUCAUGAUCCUUUUAAAGAAGUUAGCAUAAAUGCAGAAAAAUAUCAAAAAUCAGUAGCUAAGCCAGAGAUGAACAUGUUUUUCUCAUAAAUUAUCAUAGCCUUGGCUAGGUGGGGUGGAUUCUCAGGCUAUAGUAUUUUCAGAUCUACAAAACCCAAGAAGCCAUCAAGAAGUGUCUAUUCUAUAGGGACAGGCUGGAGGGAGUUUCCACCAUUGUUAAAUCCAUGCGAGAAAGUGUGGCAGUGCACACUUUGGGAGAAGGGUUUUUAUUAUAUUUUUAUUUUAUUAACCUUUAUUUAACUAGGCAAAUCAGUUAAGAACAAAUUCUUAUUUAUAAUGACGGCCUACCAAAAGGCAAAAGGCCUCCUGUGGUGAUGGGGGCUGGGAUAAAAAAUGAAAUAUAAAAUAUAGGACAAAACACACAUCAUGACAAGAGAGACACCACAACACUACAUAAAGAGAGACCUAAGACAACCACAUAGCAUGGCAGCAACACAUGACAACACAACAUGGUAGCAACACAACAUGGCAUCAGCACAAAACAUGGUACAAACAUUAUUGGGCACAGACAACAGCACAAAGGGCAGAAGGUAGAGACAACAAUACAUCACGCGAAGCAGCCACAACUGUCAGUAAGAGUAAGAGUCAGUAAGAGUGUCCAUGAUUGAGUCUUUGAAUGAAGAUACAGAGAUGUAACUGUCCAGUUUGGGUGGAGAAUAAGGACUAGGAGUUGAUUGAAAAUGUUGUCCCAGACGUGACUGGUAAGGAGAUAUAAGGGGUCAUUUUUAAUACUGCAGAAACAUAUUGUUCAUGCAUUUCGUUAGACUACUGUUGGAUAAAGCUAAACAUCAACGGUUUUGGUUUUCCCCUGUAAUAUUGUCCACUUAAUUGCAAUAUACAAAACUUUUACUUUUCUUUAUCUCUUUUCUGUAUCCUAUGGCAUCAAUGAGCAUUGGCACAAAAUAGGACAGCGCUAUCUCCACAAGGUGACGCUAUUUUAACACGCGUGUGGUUGAAACCUGGACCAAGGUCACACCAAAGAUAUUUAUAACUAACCAAGAUAGUUCAUCUGUGUCGUUUUCAAUGGGAGCAAAUUACGCAUAGUGGGCAGAACAAGCAAGUAGGUUGUCAGAGCCUAGCACGAGCUAGCUAACGAAAUCCUAUUGGUGCGUUCUACCAUGUAUUUGCAUUUUUCCGUUAGGGAACGACUUCCCUGUGAAGUGCGCGUGUGCAGCAACUCAAUUCGCCCUUGCACUCCUUGUAAACAACGCAAUAAAAAAAGUGGUCACGUCUACAAAAUGUAGUGUACUCUGUUCGUAACAUAUUUUAGUUUUGGGAACAGAAAACUGUAUUGAAAUCGGGCUUUUGUUCGAUGGGAAAAUCAGCAGACACUCCGCCCAGUUCCAUCUCGCUCCAUACUCGCACUGCCGGCCACUGGGCUUCAUCUCCUCACCAUAUUUGGUGGGGAGUGGAAAUUCCAAUCUGAUGCUUCAGAUUUAUACAUCCGGUGAAACAUCUUGCUCCAUGUUCUGUCUUUGGUCACACCACACGGAAUGUUCGUAGGCUGCUGCACUACAAACACUGCAGCUGCCGUCUCCUUCACACUGUCGCACACAGCCAUGGCGGACAGUGCAAGCGAGAGCGACACCGACGGAGCAGGGAGUAGCUCGGCUACCCCGAUGUCAUCCUCCGCCUCAAAUUCGAGCAAGCCGGGAGUAGUCAUUUCACAGUUUCGAUUAGAGGAGUUAACCAACCGACUAGCCUCACUACAACAGGAGAACAAAGUUCUUAAAAUUGAGCUAGAGACGUUCAAACUCAAGUGCAAGGCGCUACAGGAGGAGAAUCGGGAUCUGCGUAAAGCUAGCGUCACCAUUGUGAGUCUGUUGUUUUUUUUGUUGGUUAGCCUAACUAGCUAGCUAACAUUAGCUACAUUCAAACAAUGCAUAUAGACAAGCACGUUAAACAUACGAAUUUGCAACUAGGUUAGCAAACUAACGUUAAUUAACUAACUAGUAGCGAAAUAAAGGCAACGAACGUAGCUAUGCCUGUUAAGAAGCUAGCAUUAGCUAGCUAACUUAACGUUAGCUUAGAGAGCUGGCGUAGCUAGUUGGUAAACCUAAAUGUUAGCUAGCCCGUUAUGUUUUGGUGUUGUUAGUUAGCCAAUGCCUGGUUCAUUUGCUAACACCAAUCGUUCCAUUUGAACAGUGGUGACCAAGAAGUUGACGUUUGUAUCUAACGUUAGCUAGCUAACUAGAUAAUGUAAGCCAUGUCAUCUUGUUACGAGAUGGAAAACGUGUAACGUUAGCUAGCAAUGUUUUUUUUUAUUCACUGAAUCCUCUGAGGCUUGGUGUUUCCGUUGUUCUUUUUGUGCUUAACUGUAACGUUGACAGCUGCCGCUUGACACAACUGUUGAAUUUAUAAUAAAUCAUGACAUACAGUAGCUACAUUUACAUUUUAGUCUAGUCCAACAACACCUACUCUGCCUGUCCAAGGCAUCGGUAUGAUUGGCAUGGUUUUGAUUUCCUUUCUCCUUGUCCCCCCCCGCCCCCCACUAACUGCUUCCUCUCCAGCUGACACAGACCUUCAAUGCAGCAAACCUGCACCAUGUUAUUCCUUGUUUUUGCACAGAUACUACUGCAGUGUCAAUAAAAAAUGUUUAAGUAUAGGAAUACCAUAUUUUAGCACAGAGACAGCUGUGAGCUCAGCUGAGCAGUGUGGUAGAGGUUGACAUUAGAAUGGCAAAGACAAAUCACUUCAUAUGUUGUUGCCAUUGUUAACCAUUCCAACAUUUUUGAAGCAUCUCUUAACACAAUUAAGACAUGUUGUAUUCUGUGAGCCAUCUUGUUGUGAAUGCUGCACUCAUCUUUUCUGUAAAUGUUUCCCUCUUUCUCUGUGACUGCAGCAAGCAAGGGCUGAGCAGGAGGAGGAGUUCAUCAGCAACACCCUGUUCAAGAAGAUCCAGGCCCUGCAGAAAGAGAAGGAGACCCUCGCUGUCAACUAUGAGAAAGAGGAGGAAUUUCUCACUAAUGAACUGUCAAGAAAACUCAUGCAAGUAAGUGACAGCCGGAAGAGAACUGGCUCUGGGGCACUUGACUUAUGCCAAGUAUUUGUCGCAGAGUCAAAAUCUAAGGAUUUGUGUUUGGGGUGGAGCGCAUAACAGCAGUAAUGGUUCUUGCCUUAAGUUAUUUUAUUAACCGACUUCAUCGCUUCUCUAAAUUACUCUUGACUGACUCCUCCUAUUCCUGGGUUAGGCUAUUUGGUCUCUUUUGCAACUGACCUACAUGUUGCCUCAUGGCCACUAUGAGCUGUUGACCUUUUGUAGUACUGACUAAUGGUUUGAUGUGUAAAGAAGAACAAUGAAUCUCACUGGACCACUCAUGUUUUACCAGACCCUUGUUAAAGUUCAAACAGUCUGGAGGCUCUUGUUAUUUCUACUUCUAUACUUUAGUGUCGACAGACGCUCCUUAGCACAUGUCCCCCCCCCCACCCCAUAGUGUCGCUAUGAAAUGGUAAUUGUGGUAGUCAUGUCUGUGGUAAGGAGACACUUCUGUAAACAUGGAGACUUGUCUGACAUACUUUUUUCCGUACAUUUCUUCAAAGGCAUUUCAGGUAAGUGGCCUGCACCAGUCUAGACUAACGCUAAUGUGAAUUUGUACUGGAAACCCUGUUCUACUACACGCCAGGCUUCAACAGUAAAUGGUUCAUAAUAUUAGUAUUUUCAGUGGUAUAGGCUACUACUACUAUAAGGAGUGGGCCACCUAUACCCUAGAUGUCCUGUAUCCACCUUCAGACACAGGUCUCUGUGACGCUGCCCAUUUCUAAACUGUUGUGAGGCUUCAUAAAUCACAUUUAUCUUCAAACAAAACUCUUAGCUCUUGUUAGUAAGUAAGAUGUUAUGCAUAGCAGUUAAAUACCAGAGGGUUUUUACGCUCAUUUAAGAGAAUGUUGUCACUUGCUGUGGUCUGAAGCUGUUGAUCAUCACUGAGAAAGUUGGCUGCACAACUCCAGUCUGUUGUGGUGUUUCUAUAAAGGUCUGUGCCCCGAGAACAGAGGAACGUGAAUGUAGUGAGGUUAGACUGUCAAAAUGGACUCUAGCACUCAACUAAAAUAGCUCAACCCCCUGUUUCUUUCUUAAUUGUCCUAUGUUUUAUUUUGACCUGAUUAUUAGUCAGUGUUGGUUAGAUAUUUUUUAUUUUUUUUUAUUUCACCUUUAUUUAACCAGGUAAGCCAGUUGAGAACAGGUUCUCAUUUACAACUGCGACCUGGCCAAGACAGAGCAAAGUAGUGCAACAAAAACAACACAGAGUUACAUAUGGGGUAAAAAAAAAAACAUAAAGUCAGAAAUACAACAGAAAAUAUAUAUACAGUGUGUGCAAAUGUAGCAAGUUAUGGAGGUAAGGCAAUAAAUAGGCUAUAGUGCAGAAUAAUUACAAUAGUAUUAACACUGGAAUGCUAGAUGUGCAAGAGAUUAUGUGCAAAUAGAGAUACUGGGGUGCAAAAGAGCAAAUUAAAUAACAAUAUAGGGAUGAGGUAGUUGGGUGGGCUAAUUUCAGAUGGGCUGUGUACAGGUGCAGUGAUCGGUAAGGUGCUCUGACAACUGAUGCUUAAAGUUAUUGAGGGAGAUAAGAGUCUCCAGCUUCAGAGAUUUUUGCAAUUCGUUCCAGUCAUUGGCAGCAGAGAACUGGAAGGAAUGGCGGCCAAAGGAGGUGUUGGCUUUGGGAAUGACCAGUGAGAUAUACCUGCUGGAGCGCAGACUACGGGUGGGUGCUGCUAUGGUGACCAAUGAGCUAAGAUAAGGCGGGGAUUUGCCUAGCAGUGAUUUAUAGAUGGCCUGGAGCCAGUGGGUUUGACGACGAACAUGUAGUGAGGACCAGCCAACAAGAGCGUACAGGUCACAGUGGUGGGUAGUGUAUGGGGCUUUGGAGACAAAACGGAUGGCACUGUGAUAGACUACAUCCAAUUUGCUGAGUAGAGUGUUGGAGGCUAUUUUAUAAAUGACAUCGCCGAAGUCAAGGAUCGGUAGGAUAGUCAGUUUUACGAGGGCAUGUUUGGCAGCAUGAGUGAAGGAGGCUUUGUUGCGAAAUAGGAAGCCGAUUCUAGAUUUAACUUUGGAUUGGAGAUUCUUUAUGUGAGUCUGGAAGUUGAGUUUACAGUCUAACCAGACACCUAGAUAUUUGUAGUUGUCCACAUACUCUAGGUCAGACCCGUCGAGAGUGGUGAUUCUAGUCGGGUGGGCGGGUGCUAGCAGCGUUCGAUUGAAAAGCAUGCAUUUAGUUUUACUAGUGUUUAAGAGCAGUUGAAGGCUACUGAAGGAUUGUUGUAUGGCAUUGAAGCUCGUUUGGAGGUUUGUUAACACAGUGUCCAAUGAAGGGCCAGAUGUAUACAAAAUGGUGUCGUCUGCGUAGAGGUGGAUCUGAGAGUCACCAGCAGCAAGAGCGACAUCAUUGAUAUACACGGAGAAAAGUGUCGGCCCAAGAAUUGAACCCUGUGGCACCCCCAUAGAGACUGCCAUAGGUCCAGACAACAGGCCCUCCAAUUUGACACACUGAACUCUAUCUGAGAAGUAGUUGGUGAACCAGGCGAGGCAGUCAUUUGAGAAACCAAGGCUAUUUAGUCUGCCAAUAAGAAUAUUAGUCACACAAUAGUCUCAUUUUUUAACAAGCUAUGUGCCACACCAUUUUUAUUGGUAGAUGGUCAAAGGUGGUUGCUUUUGGCAAUAUCUAGCUGCACUGCCGCCAUUUCACAACACAUUCUUCUCCAGAUCACAAUAAUUUUAGACAAGCAGCACCAACCUAUUACCACCUCUAUAAAAAAUACCUAUCAACAUGUAACCACAGUGUUUUUAACGCAAAUCUUUUCAUUAGUUGCAAUUAGUCACAUUGAUUUCUCCUCCCACAGUUACAACAUGAGAAGGCUGAGUUGGAACAGCACUUGGAGCAGGAGCAGGAGUUCCAGGUCAACAAGCUGAUGAAGAAGAUCAAGAAAAUGGAGAAUGACACAAUAUCAAAGCAGCUCACCUUGGAGCAGGUACAGUGACAUAAUGGAACUAUGUGAAAUGACAUUGGCAGUGUCUGAAUACCCAUACUUGCAUUCUAAAUAGUAGGUUUGGGCGGUAUCCAUAUUGUCGUACCUUCAUACCGACCUUGUGCCAUACUGGGAUAUUUGGUAAUACUGGCACUGAACACAGGGGGUGCUAUUUUCAAACCCCACUGAGCCUCUGUAAUCCAAAGGUUAGCAAUGCUAACAAGUACAUGUGAAAUCCCAUAGAAAAUGCUAACUAAAUGCUAACGGUCGCGUUGCAAACAUUUUAUACAGUCUCUGACCUAAACUAUUUGCAGGACAGACAUCCCAGCUCAUAAAUUUAUACAAGUAACUCAAAAUUGCUACACAGUUUGCUGCAUGCACAAAACAAAUAUUGAACAGCAAGGCUCUUGAUCCAGGAGGGGAUUCUCUGUGUUUACCAAGCGAAGCUUGAUUUUGGAAGAAGCUAACCACUUAGCUAGAUAGCUAGCUAGCUACCUACUAAAUUAGCAAACCAAAUGCACAACUGCUGAGCAUUUAGCACAUCUUAGACAGUUAACUUAAUAGAUAUAAGGCAUCUAGCUGGAAAACAUUUAGUUGUGAAUUCCAUACUGUAACUAGAUCACAUGACGUGUGCUGCACAACAGUGAGUGACUGGCUGUCUCGUCAUUUUGUGCUUGUAAACAAACACCACGUGACAGGGGACUACCGCUAAGCUUCAUAAUAAAAAAUUAUGUGAUUCGUGAAAUUAAGAACGUGAUCUUUUUUAUCUCCUAAUGUAUUGCACAAGUUAAUUGCAGUAUUUACUUCAAAAGUAGCAACAAAUAUUCACAUGUAUUUAAAAAACUUAAAAUACAUUUCAAUAGUGCCAAUACUGUUGAAACAAUACUGAACAAAAAUAUAAACGCAACAUGCAACAAUUUCAACGAUUUUACUGAGUUACAGUUCAUAUAAAGAAAUCAGUCAGUUUAAAUAAGUUUAUUAGGCCAUCAUCUAUGGAUUUCACAUGACUGGGCAGGGGCGCAGCAAUGGGUAGGCCUUGGGAGCCAGGCCCACCCACUGGGGAGCCAGGCCGAGGCAAUCGGAAUAUGUUUUUCCCCACAAAAGGGCUUUAUUACAGACAGAAAUACUCCAGUUUCAUCAGCUGUCCGGGUGAAUGGUCUCAGACGAUCCCGCAGGUGAAGAAGCUGGAUGUGGCGGUCCUGGGCUGGCGUGGUUACACGUGCACGGUCUGCAGUUGUGAGGCCGGUUGGACAUACUGCCAAAUUCUCUAAAACGAAGUUGGAGGCGGCUUAUGGUAGAGAAAUGAACAUUCAAUUCUGGCAACAGCUCUGGUGGACAUUCCUGCAGUCAGCAUGCCAAUUGCCCGCUCCCUGAAAACUUGAGACAUCUGUGGCAUUGUGUUGUGUGACAAAACUGCACAUUUUAGAGUGGCCUUUUAUUGUCCCCAGCACAAGGUGCACCUGUGUAAUGAUCAUGCUGUUUAAUAAGCUUCUUGAUAUGCCAAACCUGUCAGGUGGAUGGAUUCUCUUGGCAAAGGAGAAAUGCUCACUAACAGAGUUGUAAACACAUUUUUGAGAGAAAUACGAUUUUUGUGCCCAUGGAACAUUUGAUCUCAGCUCAUGAAACAUGGGACCAACACUUUACAUGUUGCAUUUAUAUUUUUGUUCAGUAUAGUAGAAGAUAAUCGUUUUUGACAACAGCUGUUAAUCCGUUAUGGUGAAGCGCUGUACCAAAAUUACCAAAUGGUGGGAAUCAACGUAAUUGCACAUUAGAUGACGCAUUCUCAGUAUGGAUGAGCUUAGUAUGUUAUUUUUUUCCUUACUGCAUUCGAUUUUACUAAACAGUAUGUUCUAAAUAGUAUGUAGUACAAUUAGUACACAGUAUGCCGUUUUAGUAAGUGGUAGGCAAGACAGAUUUCAGACACAGCCAUUGUCUUGGUGCAGCUGAGUCUCUUCUGAGGACAUCAUGUCGGCACUGCCACUUAAGAGCAGGUGCAUUACCAUGAUGGGAGUGUAGAAUUUUGUGUGUGUGGGUGCGCAUUUCUUUGUUUAAGAUAAGACGUUCUCAAGCUGAAUAUCUCUUUGAUGUGUUCCCUUCCUUUCCAGCUAAGGCGUGAGAAGAUUGACCUCGAAAACACAUUAGAGCAAGAACAAGAGGCUCUUGUCAAUAGACUGUGGAAGCGCAUGGACAAAUUGGAGGCAGAGAAAAGGUAGGCUUUUAUUCUGUAUUAACCAUAUAUUCCUUAGGAGUAGUAUGUGCAGAUCUAAAGAAACCAAGGUGCUGGAUUCUGUGAACAGUUGAAAGUAAACCAAAUUAACCUUCACACUGUUGUAUGCUCUCUAGUGAUUCUCUUUAUUAGGACAGUAGGAAUAACAUAUACAAUGGUUAUCUGUUGACUUUACCCAGUGUUGAUUAAUUGGAGCUCACUUGUCUUUGACAGAAUCCUCCAGGAGAAGUUGGACCAGCCUGUGUCUGCUCCUCCCUCCCCCAGGGAUGUUUCCAUGGAGAUUGACUCUCCGGAGAACAUGAUGCGGCAUAUCCGCUUCCUGAAGAACGAGGUGGAGAGGCUGAAGAAGAGCCUCCGCACCACCGAGCUGCAGCGUGAGUUUCAAAGGCCAAUGGUCAACAGUGAAUUCAUCAUGACGUGACCUGGUUACGUAGAACCCAUAAAACUAGAUAAAGUAGACUUUGCCACAUUUCUGAAAAUAUUUGGUGCUGAAGAAGGCUUUCCUAUGGUUUUGCUGUAGAUUUACAGUCAGUUAUUUGCGGAACUUAUGUGUUUUGUUCAGAUUCAGUGUUUAAUAGUCACAUGUACAGGGUUGCAGGUGUGAUUGCAGGGUACAGUAAAAAUCUUAGGCUCCAACAUGCAAGUCUAAGUUAAAUAAAAUAAUGAAAAUGGUAAUAAAAAAUGACAAUAGAAAUAGCACUAAAUACAUAACAAGUAAAGACUUGAGGGGGUGGGGGGAAAUGACCAUAGGGGGAGCAGCAUGACCAUUGAGGGGGUGUGGGGACCAAGUGAAAAAAAAAAAAAAAAAAAGGUAUAAUAAAAUCUAUAUUAACACCUGCAACAGUGAUGAAUGUCGUUGGGGUGGGGGCAGAGUAAAAGUCUGUUGGGUGGGGGGAAAAUGUCCAUAGUGGGAGUAGCAGGGGAGCAGCUACUGGUGGCUAUUCAGCAGCCUGAUGGUCUGAGGGUAGAAACUAUUGGCCAGUCUUCCAGUUUUUGACAUGAUGCUGAACUGCCCGCAUCUUAGUGAUGGAGUUGGCGGUGGAGUUGCCGUACCACUUGAUCUUAGAACAACAGUGGUAGUAGGUCACGGUAGAGUACUCCUCUUUUUACAGAUGCAUGUUCAAUUUGGGAACGAUGGUAAUAUUAUCACUCAAACAGAUGUGGACACGCACAGUUUCCCCCUCAGAACAAACACACACUCGCGUUUCCCACAGCAGGUUCCAAGUAGACCACAACCAAGCUCUUUUUCAAUCACUCAAUAUUAUCUCUGCGCAGAUCUGUCAUUUCUUCCCAAAUAUCCUUAACCUCAAUUUAACUUUCUCAGUGAAACCUAACUCUGUCUUAGUAGUUGACCGGUCCAAUUCAGCCAGUCUCGGAAAUCCUAGACCUAGGGCAGCGGCAUGGAACAUUGUUUACAUUAUGGGAGGCAACCUGUUGGCCGAGGGCAGGGGUCGGCAACAGGCCAAAACUGGCCAGCAAGUGAUUCUUUUUUUUGCCCCUCCCCCCUCCUAUUGCUGGGCUUAGUUGUGGUACAUUUUCCUUGUACAAAUUAUUAUAAUUGUGAUCCGGCCCCCUGACCAUCCGCUCCAACAAAUAUCGACCCGCAACUGAAUCUAGUUGCAUACCCCUGGCUUAGGGCAGUGUUUCCCAACUCCAGUUCUCGAGGAUGCUCAACAGUACACAUUUUUGUUGUAGCCCUGGGCAAACGCACCUGAUUCAACUUGUCAACUAAUCAUCAAGACCUCAAUUAGUUGAUUCAGGUGAGUUUGUCCGGGGCAACAACAACAAAUGUGUGCUGUAGGGUGUACUGGAGGGCUGGAGUUGGGGAACACUGGCCUAGGCAGAUGAGUUCAGCAGAAGGAUGAUCCCUGUUUAUAUAUUUGGCCACUAGAGGGAGCUGUCAUAUCAAUCUAUUCUGUUCUAUGCUCUUGGACCAAAAUACUAACAAGCUGAUGAAGUCAUGGACUUAAAUACCAAAUGAACCUCUUAUUAGAGACCAGACUUUACCUAUUAUAUUUAGGUGCAAUAGCUGCUGUACUACAGCAAUAAAGAGCAUUACAAUACACCAAAGGGCUAAAGCAACUAUUGAAGAGGUGUGUAUCAUAGACGAGUACUUUUGGAAAAUACUGUUGCAUCUUUGCUCUCAGAAAAAUACAUUGUUUUGUAAUGACUCAUUGCUGUUUAAUGAUGGUGAAUUGGUUUUUGAUUAAACUUUAUUUGUCCGUCCCGUCCCAGACACAGAGAAGCGGGCCCAGUACAUUGAGGAGGAGCGGCACAUGCGUGAGGAGAACAUCCGUCUGCAGAGGAAGCUGCAGAGAGAGAUGGAGCGCCGCGAAGCCCUGUGUAGACAGCUGUCUGAGAGCGAGUCCAGUCUGGAGAUGGAUGACGAGAGGUAGACAUGAAACAACAACCCACAAAACACUGUUCCAACUUCUCAAUCUCCAACCAAUGUUUAAUCUCUACUCCACUGUCAGCCAUGCAUAACCAACCAUCCAAUAAACAACCCCACCCCACAUUCUCACUUCCUCAAUGUCACUCCAAUCUAGUACUUUCUGUUUCAGACAGCAAAUCAUUGCUCAAUGGUUUUGGGAGUGAUAUUUAGAGACAGAAGUUAAUUGUCUAAACUAUGUUAUUUUCCCCUCUCAGGUACUUCAAUGAGAUGUCAGCUCAAGGCCUGCGAGCACGGACGGUGUCCAGUCCCAUCCCAUACACUCCUUCCCCCAGCUCCAGCCGACCCAUAUCACCUGGUAGGGUACAGUUACAGGAAGUCCAUGGCCCACUUCCAACACCUCAUACCCACUACACCCUGUUUUAUGAAUAUCUAUGUCACUGGGUGAAGGAAGAGAAAGGUCCAUAUCCAUAAAGAGCACCUUUGACUCUGUAUAAUGUAUUGUAAUAUGAAAAGGUGUAUUCCGUUAAUCAUUAAGGAACAUUGUAUCUAGCUGUGUCUCAGGAACUCUCUGUUCCAGGUUGAUAGAUCCUUACUGAUAAUUGGGUGAAUUUAAGGUCCCCUUGGUACAAGUCCUGUCUUGGUUACAAGAUAGUUGCUUCUGUUGAACGUCAGGUCAACAGGUCUAUCAAAAUAUGAAAUCUAUUCUUAAAUUCAAUUGUAAACAGAUUUAGGCUAUGCAUGGGUUAUCCCUUGAAAUUAAAUCCUAUUUAUAUCCCUAAUCCCUAACCACAUUAUUUUCCCUGAAAAUGUCAGACUGCUUAAAGUUCUUGACAGUUUCUAAUGUUAAUACCAAUUGAAGGAGUACGUUUGUUUGGGUGACAUCCUUUCAUUUAGCAUUGUAUCGAAACAUAGUUAUAGACGGUAUUGUAAAAAUCCAUACACAAUAUAUCGCCCAGCCCUACCUGCAACACCCAGGCUCCGUAUACAUCGCACCUCCUUAGCAACCGUGGUUUAUGUUACCAGAUCAGAUGGAGUUGAAGGAAAUCAGAUUUGUAGCUAACGUUGAUGUUUUUUAGUCCAGUAAAUGUUUUCAGGUGUAGAAUUAAGACUAUGGAGCUCAAGUUCCAGUGGGCUGCAAGGCAUGCCAGUCUUCAAAACAUCUUAGCAGAGAAUGUUUUUUGCAGUAUUGACAUUGUGGUACUUCAUGAUAUUAACUGACAGAAAGGUUACAGUAAUCACAGGCAGUAACUGCAGCAGCCUCUGAGGAUUCCACCUUUUAGCACCCCUAUUACAUAACAACACUCUGAGACAAAUCACGGCCAAUAUCAAUAUCCCGAUUCUAGUGGAUCUCCCUUUCCCCAAAGAGCAACAUUUUACAUUAAAGCUGCUCAAGAGCAGUAAGAAUAAGGAUGUUCCCAGGAAUUACCAAAAAGAGGGUAAUAUGGUUUGAUAAGAGUCCAUCCUGGGCAUUUGUUUCUGUUUAGCUAUGACAGUCUGCAGUGCCAGGCAGCUGGAAACAUUAUGAGCUAGUGUUAGCAUGGGCUGACUCAACCUUAUGUGCCACUUUUCCAGCAAAGGUUGAUAUUUAUCAAAUUUGAACUUCACAGGAACGUGUGCUUAUCUCUAGGCAAAUCUCAGACCAUAUGUUGAGUUCCCCAACUGGUGGCCUGCGGGGCGAAUUUGGUUUCCAUUUGGCCCCCUAAGUUUUCUGAGCAUUUUCAUUGUUGGACAUAAGACUGUGACAACACCACGAAAUCGUCUCCAAGUGAUUUUAACUUUGGAAAUCUGUUCCUAAGUAUUCCCACGCAUAAUAUAGAGCGACACAUUUAUACAAAUGUAAGCAAGGGUUGAAAUUAGGUUUAACUCAAAUACUAUAUCAGUUUGGGCUUCUUGUGGUCAAUUUGCGGUCUACGAAAUGUAAUUAUAUUCCGGCCCCAACCAUCCCCUCAAGAAAAAAAUCAGCCCGCGGCUGAAUCUAGUUGAUGAUCCCUGUUCUAGUGGUUGAAUUGUAUUACAAGCAAACAUUGUUCUUUUGGGUAAAUGGAGGUCGGCAUUUGACACACAGGAAUUAUGAUAAUGGUAGGCUAAUAAAAACAAAACGUAGAUGCAUUUGCCUUUGGUAAGGAGAUCUCAUUGCAGCAUUUAGCCUAAUGUUUCUUUGACUUUUAUUAUAUGGGCCUGAAUAAUCAUAUUUUCUGACAUGACUGGUUUAUUCCCACUACACAACAAAUAUUAGGCUACCAUUUAUCCAUCGGUCAUUCGAUAGCCAAGCAUGCUCCAAAGUAAAUAGACCAGUAGCCUAGACUACUACAUAUGCGACUAAAUAUUUUACUGUGCCACAGGGUUUUUUAUUUUGGGAGCACUUUGUGACUGAAAAAAAUCUCCAAGAUAAUAAUUGUUGUAAUGAUGAGGCUUCGAUGUACCUUUGUUUCCGAGUGCCCUAGAGAAACAAGUGAGUACAGGUUCGUUAACGUCAUGGUUGCAACAUUACUACAGAGAGAACGUCUUGCUUCUAGCCCAACCAGGUCAAAACGUCUGGCCCUAUAGCGGAUCGCCGGGACCGCGUUUUACAUUCAUAAAGGCCACUCUAAAAUGUGCAGUUUUGUCACACAACACAAUGCCACAGAUGUCUGAGGUUUUGAGGGAUCGUGCAAUUGGCAUGCUGACUCCAGGAAUGUCCACCAGAGCUGUUGCCAGAUAAUUUAAAGUUAAUUUCUAUACCAUAAGCCGCCUUCAACUUCGUUUUAGUGAAUUUGGCAGUACAUCCAACCGGCCUCACAACCGCAGACCAUGUGUAACCACGCCAGCCCAGGACCACAUCCGGCUUCUUCACCUGCGGGAUUGUCUUGAGACCAGCCACUCCGGACAGCUGAUGAAACUGUGGGUUUGCCCAACCAAAUAAUUUCUAAACAAACUGUCAGAAACCCUCUAGGGAAGCUCAUCUGCGUGCUCGUCGUCCUCACCAGGGUCUUGACCUGACUGCAGUUCGGCGUCGUAACCGACUUCAGUGGGCAAAUGCUCGCCUUCGAUGGCCUCUGGCACGCUGGAGAAGUGUGCUCUUCACGGAUUAAUCCCGGUUUCAACUGUACAGGGCAGAUGGCAAGACAGUGUGUAUGGCAUCUGUUCCAUUUCUCGCCAUUAUCCAGCAGCUUCACACAGCCAUUGAAGAGGAGUGGUACAACAUUCCACAGGCCACAAUCAACAGCCUGAUCCACUCUAUGCGAAGAUGUGUCGAGCUGCAUGAGGCGAAUUUAUAAUGAAUUUAUUUCAAUUGACUGAUUUCCUUAUAUAAACUGUAACUCAGUAAAAUCUUAGAAAUUGUUGCAUGUUGAGUUUUUAUAUUUUUGUUCAGUGUACAUUUGGCCACACCUAUUCUUGGCGCGAAGGCCAGGUAUAUCUAUGCACGCUAAAGCGCGCGCGUUCACACAUUAAACAUGACGGAGAAACCGGACACAUUCUCUGCAAACAAAGAUGAGGAGGAAAUGUACAGUAAACUGGUAAAUGCAAUUAAAUCAACCAAAAGUUAUUUAUCACAAGUGUUGCGCAGUUUGUGAGCUCUCCAAACAAUGUUUCGACUUGGAGAAUGGUAUGAAUGUAUAUUAUAUUUAAUGAAUUAUAAAAAAAAAAUUAAAAAUCUGUAGCCAAACAUUCUAAAUUAAUGGGGGAAUAUGUUGGCAUUAACAGUAACUUCACUGAUGAAUAUACAUAUACACUGCUCAAAAAAAUAAAGGGAACACUUAAACAACACAAUGUAACUCCAAGUCAAUCACACUUCUGUGAAAUCAAACUGUCCACUUAGGAAGCAACACUGAUUGACAAUAAAUUUCACAUGCUGUUGUGCAAAUGGAAUAGACAACAGGUGGAAAUUAUAGGCAAUUAGCAAGACACCCCCAAUAAAGGACUGGUUUUGCAGGUGGUGACCACAGACCACUUCUCAGUUCCUAUGCUUCCUGGCUGAUGUUUUGGUCACUUUUGAAUGCUGGCGGUGCUUUCACUCUAGUGGUAGCAUGAGACGGAGUCUACAACCCACACAAGUGGCUCAGGUAGUGCAGCUCAUCCAGGAUGGCACAUCAAUGCGAGCUGUGGCAAGAAGGUUUGCUGUGUCUGUCAGCGUAGUGUCCAGAGCAUGGAGGCGCUACCAAGAGACAGGCCAGUACAUCAGGAGACGUGGAGGAGGCCGUAGGAGGGCAACAACCCAGCAGCAGGACCGCUACCUCCGCCUUUGUGCAAGGAGGAGUAGGAGGAGCACUGCCAGAGCCCUGCAAAAUGACCUCCAGCAGGCCACAAAUGUGCAUGUGUCUGCUCAAACGGUCAGAAACAGACUCCAUGAGGGUGGUAUGAGGGCCUGACGUCCACAGGUGGGGGUUGUGCUUACAGCCCAACACCGUGCAGGACGUUUGGCAUUUGCCAGAGAACACCAAGAUUGGCAAAUUCGCCACUGGCGCCCUGUGCGCUUCACAGAUGAAAGCAGGUUCACACUGAGCACGUGACAGAGUCUGGAGACGCCGUGGAGAACGUUCUGCUGCCUGCAACAUCCUCCAGCAUGACCGGUUUGGCGGUGGGUCAGUCAUGGUGUGGGGUGGCAUUUCUUUGGGGGGCCGCACAGCCCUCCAUGUGCUCGCCAGAGGUAGCCUGACUGCCAUUAGGUACCGAGAUGAGAUCCUCAGACCCUUUUGUGAGACCAUAUGCUUGUGCGGUUGGCCCUGGGUUCCUCCUAAUGCAAGACAAUGCUAGACCUCAUGUGGCUGGAGUGUGUCAGCAGUUCCUGCAAGAGGAAGGCAUUGAUGCUAUGGACUGGCCCGCCCGUUCCCCAGACCUGAAUCCAAUUGAGCACAUCUGGGACAUCAUGUCUCGCUCCAUCCACCAACGCCACGUUGCACCACAGACUGUCCAGGAGUUGGCGGAUGCUUUAGUCCAGGUCUGGGAGGAGAUCCCUCAGGAGACCAUUCCGCCACCUCAUCAGGAGCAUGCCCAGGCGUUGUAGGGAGGUCAUACAGGCACGUGGAGGCCACACACACUACUGAGCCUCAUUUUGACUUGUUUUAAGGACAUGACAUCAAAGUUGGAUCAGCCUGUAGUGUGGUUUUCCACUUUUAAUGUUGAGGGUGACUCCAAAUCCAGACCUCCAUGGGUUGAUAAAUUUGAUUUCCAUUGAUAAUUUUUGUGUGAUUUUGUUGUCAGCACAUUCAACUAUGUAAAGAAAAAAGUAUUUAAUAAGAUUAUUUCAUUCAUUCAGAUCUAGUGUUCCCUUUAUUUUUUUGAGCAGUGUAUUUCACGGGGCAUUGACACAAAAAGAAAUAGUGCGCACGAAUUGGCGGUAGUCAUUGCGCAAUAGUGGAGCGAGACAUGCCUAUAGCACACACACCACACACAAUUUACAUUUACGUCAUUUAGCAGACGCUCCGGACACACCCCUCCCCUUAUUCUGGUCUCGACAUUAUGCUUGAGACUCAUGCCUCACACAUAAGCAGUAACCUCAUAAACAUUGUCAGGAUGAUGGAGUGGUCAUUCUCCCUUCAACUGAAAUCAGUAAGGUUCAGUAUUUCUAACCACCCCCCUUAAACACACACACUACCCAAACUAAUGGACAUGCCAGGCAGAAUGGCACAUUCCAAACGAGCACUGGGUACAUGAUACAUAUUGACCAACAUUUGGUGAAUUUAGAUUGGCGGAGCAAAUAAAGGAACAUCAUAGCAGUUGCCCCGAGGCAGAUUAAACAUUUUGCCCAGGCCCUAAACACUGUCCAUUAGGGUUGGGCGAUAUUAUGAUAGCAUCGUCUAUUGAUGAUGGUUGACAGCCAUCGUCGAUGGUGACUAAAUCGUGAUGUAACAGAUGAUGGUUUAGCCUACUUAAACUUGACUGGUGCCCCGCAGUAAAGAACAGUCUCACAGGGCAGGGCAGCGCACAGCAGGGGCUUGAAGCUGUAUUAUAACGGACACUCCUUAACUAUCUUGUGUUUAGCGGUUAACAAGAAACGUAGCCUGUAUUCCCUUUUCUCCAUUCGAUAGAUUAUAUAAAUAUGACGGAAGGCUAUGCCUCAUCGUUUUAUGCAUGGCUUUCUGCCGAUCACAUAAUGAAUAUUAUGGAGUUCCAUCUCAGUUAUUUGAUUAGCCUAAAAACUUAAGAUAGUCAGGCUUAAAAUAAUGAGAGAGAAUAAACAAUAUCAAUCUAAUGACACGUUUAAUCAAGUUUAAGCUUAUUAAGAAAGAAAUGAUCCAGCCUGUAAAAUCCCUCCAAGUGAGAUUGAAAACCAAAUGGCCAAUAACCUAUCCUAUUUCCUCCUAUUGGCCUAUCAUAAAAGCUUUAAUACAAGUUAAAGUUAUGAACAGUAGCUUAUUUCCAAAAUAUUCUAGCAUAAAGGUAUUGUCCUAAAGUUGUGGCUUUCAAAAACAACAAGAAUGAAAGUCUAUACUCUAUAGCAUAGGCUAUUCUCAAUCACAGCUUUAUGAUGGAUAAACAAUAUUUAUUUGUCUAUUUUAUGAGUCACUAGAGUAUCAGAACGUUACUCAUCAGACAGUUAGUGCUCCGUCACAGCGCACCACACACACACACACACAAAUCUGCUUCAUGCUGAAACAAAGUAGCUGGCUGGGGGGUCGCUGUGGCAUGCACCCAAUUUAGUAGUGUUCAUAUAGUGCCAGGUGUGGAAACCUGGUGAGUGCAGCAGCCCCAAAUGUCCCAUGAAAUGUAUUGAUUGAAAUGGCCAUGCUGCAACAUGGUCGACAUGUCCCAACCAGCCUUUUUGUAAUCCUUAAGUUUAUGGUGUUCCCCAGUCACAUAGAGCCUCAACCUUACUUUACUCACAUUCAUACCAUUUGCUUUUAAAGGACAUUGAACAGAAAAUACAUGGAAUUCAUAAACAUAAAACACAUUGUAAACUAAAUAACGUUUUCUCCUCUCCUCCAGGUCUGUCAUACGGCAGUCACACAGUUGGGUUCACUCCCCCAGCCACCCUGUCCAGAGCCGCCAUCGCUCACUUCAACGCCCCAGCCCUGCACGGCGUGGGAGUAAGUCUGCUCCGCUCCAAUCAGACCACCAAUGGGCAUCUGAACCAGUUUGGUUUAAUUCACAGUGCGCUUAAUAGUGCUAAUUAAAUGUCUUAUGAGAUUUUAAUCUAACCCCUAACAUGGGCACUACACUGGGGCAUCGCUAAAGCACAAGUUUUUUUUUUUUUUUACCUGCUACACUGGAAGAGUAACUUUUGGGCAGCGCAGCAGAGUGUGAGCCAUCCUAUUGUUCUUGGUUGUGAGCUGCUCGUUGAAAUCUUGAAAAUAGAACCAGAUUGUAAUUUUCACGCUGAGCAGGGCAAGCCUCUUGCGGCACCAGUAUGCUAAUGCCUUAAGUUUCAUUGAAAUUAAUAGGAGCGUCUCACGAUCGGCAAGUUACGCGUCUAGUGUAGCAGACCAGUAAGGGUGUUCUGUAGUGAAUAGACCUAGUGUUUGGUUAGGGUGUUCGGAAUUAGCUUUGAGGCAUCAAUUGCACCUUCUGAAAUGAUCAGGAAUGUGAGCACUACUGCUGGUUAUUUGGUGCCUCAGGAUACAUGAAACUUCAGUAUCAUAGAUUAUUUCUCAUGGAUUUUACCACCAUGACACCACCAAGAAAAUAAAUGGGGUUGAAAUGUAGAUGGAGGGGUACCAGUUGUCCUCCAAAAUGGCGCAGACGUCAUUAUCAGAUGGCACUAACCCAAAAUGCCCCGACUGUGGAUAUCAUCGGAGUGUACAUUGAACUGUGCGGAGAUGUAGCGGUAGUUGAUCUCCUACCAACACCAUGGAGGAGGGCUGGGAGUAUGUGUCCCAUUAAUCUUUAUGGUGUGUUCAUGUGUCUGAUCUGGAUCACAUUGUCAUUUGUUUGCUCCUGUGUCAGUCAUUUGACAUAACUAGCCUGUAUGGUAUUCCACCUAUGACUAAAUGAAUCAAAUGAGGUCUAAUCGAUAAACAAGAGCCAGGAGUCGGGCAGAGUCAGCACUUUUGUAUGGCGUGUGUUCCCAUACAAUUUUGUCCAACUAGCAUCCUUGUGCUUGUAUUGAUAAACCUAUUUAAUACUCCUAUGAUGAAUAAUGUAGACGCUCUCAAGUCCAUUGAUAAGGCUGUAGAAUGCUCUUGAUUUAUACUGAACAAAAAUAUAAACGCAACAAUUUCAUUGAUUUUACUGAGUUACGGUUCAUAUGAGGAAAUCAGUCAAUUGAAAUAAAUUCAUUAGGCCCUAAUCAAUGGAUUUCACAUGACUGGGAAUACAGAUAUGCAUCUGUUGGUCACAGAUACCUUUAAGAAAAUGGGCCUCACAAUGGACCUCAGGAUCACAAGGUUUUUUUGUGCAUUAAAAUUGCCAUCGAUAAAAUGCAAUUGUGUUCGUUGUCCGUAGCUUAUGCCUGCCCAUGCCAUAACCCCACCGCCUCCAUGGGGCACUCUGUUCACAACGUUGGCAUCAGCAAACCGCUCGCCCACAUAACGCCAUACACGUGGUCUGCAGUUGUAAUGAUCAUGCUGUUUAAUCAGCUUCUUGAUAUGCCACACCUGUCAGGUGGAUGGAUUAUCUUGGCAAAGGAGAAAUGCUCACUAACAGGGAUGUAAACAAAUUUGUGCACAAAAUAUGUUUAUGGAACAUUUCUGGUAUCUUUUAUUUCAGCUCAUGAAACAUGGGACCCACACUUUACCUUUUCUCACACCAUUGGUAACAAUCUUGUGGGACCUCCCUGCCUGUCUUUAAGUGUCCUUCCAGUGCCUGUGUUAAACUCAGCAGGUCCUCUCCCAGUGCCAGAAGGACCUGUUUGUGUCUGCCGUUCAACCGCUCUCAUUACCACAGGCUUUAGGACAUUCCAUUCCCUCUCACCUUCCUGUUACCCCUUCCUAUCCUGGUCACUGUGUCCCAUCAUUUGUUCCAUUACUGCACAGACAGACCUGGGAGCAGGCUAGAGCAAUAUGGAUUAUUAAUUGCAAAUGGACACUAAAAUAUACAAAUGGUCGGAGUACUGAGUAGAACAUCUUGUGAUUACAUCAGUGACUUUCUGCUGCUGACGCCUCCCUGCUCAAUGUCAACAUUGUCUCUGUAGAGUGAAGCCAUUCCCUGUGGUUAUGGAGACAGGUUAAGUAACAUUGUUUCCCUGUGUCUGACUGGCUGCUGGGAGAAGUCACAGGAGUUCACCCUCCUCUCAUCAGGUACCAGGAACACCCAAGUGUUGAAACCAGUUUCAGCUCGGUCAGGGGCUCAGAGAGAUUAGUCUGUGUGAACUGAACACUCUGCUUAUUUUUUUUCUCCAACUGAAAUUAGUUUUCGGUUUACUUGCGAUCGCCCAUAGGAAAAGUUACAAGCAUUCUAUUUCUUUUUUCUGAGUGUUUCCAUGGUAACACUGAGUGCUCCAGAGAUGAGCAUGUCAGCGUGUGCCUCUGAAGUGUGUUGGGUUCUGGGUGGCAGCCAUCAUUACGGAGACCCUAGAGCUCAUCAGCACUAAGUGGUGGUGACAGGGAGCUUCAGGCCAUCCACCCGGACACUCAUCAAAGCCUGAGUCUAUUCACCAGCUAUUCGCCAGCGCCUAGUGUUUGUUUAUGACUCGCCAAUGCUCACACAAGAGGGUCACUGUUUACGGAAAAGUAUUUGAUGGUGUUCGAUUUCAAAUACCGUAAAACUUCAAUUAAUAGGCUGGGAGUUUAUUUGCUUUAAAUCGCUGUACACAGCAGGUGCUUAUUAGAGACGGGCUGCUAUUUCCUUAACACAUACAGCUUUUGCUCAUUUGCAAAGUUAAUUGUUUAAUUCCAUCAUUCACUUCCAGCAUAAAAAAAUCAAUACAAAUCCAUUCCUGCACUGUUAUCAAUUGCACACUGUCACGUUUCUUUUGUCUUAGUAUGCCUCUGUAAAACAUUGUUUAAAAAUUACAAAAACUUUUCCUUGACAGAAUAAUUAUUCUUCUCUUUGACUGCAUUUUUGGCAGUUCUUACUUAAGCCUCUAGAGGGAGAUCAGCCGAUUUCUGGGGGUCUGUACUCCCGAAGUUAUUGACUGUUUUUGUGCUUGCAAAUUAGCUAGCCAUUCUCUAGCAGUUUUCUUACUGGCGAUUAAAAACUGAUUGCCAUUUUUUUCGAGUCAUUAUUUAAUGUAACAAAUCAAACCUCAUAAAUAAUUAAUGGUAACCUCGUUAACAAUUCAUUUAGACCCAGCGUAUAUUUGAAACAUGUUUUUAUUUGAUGAAAUGUGUGCCGUUGCCCAGCUAUUAAAAAGGGACAGGCUGCUAUUUGAGAUUGUUUUAAUUGAAGUUUUAUGGUACAAGCUUUUGAGAAGGGGUUAUGCUUGCCUACGGAGCUGUGAGGGGAACGGCACCUCCUUACCUUCAGGCUCUGAUCAGACCCUACACCCAAACGAGGGCACUACGUUAAUCCACCUCUGGCCUGCUAGCUCCCCUACCUCUACGGAAGCACAGUUCCCGCUCAGCCCAGUCAAAGCUCUUCGCUGCUCUGGCACCCCAAUGGUGGAAUAAGCUCCCCCACGACGCCAGGACAGCGGAGUCACUGACCAACCUUCCGGAGACACUUGAAACCCUACCUCUUUAAGGAAUACCUGGAAUAGUGUAACGUAAUCCUUCUACCCCCCUACCCCACCCCCCCCCAUAAAAAAAGAAAAAAGAAAAGGGGUUGUCCCACUGGCUAUCAUAAUUUGAAAAUCAGAGCGUCUGCUAAAUGAUGUAAAUGUUAUUUUGAAUGAGAAUUGACUUUAACUGAGAAUGUUUCUCAUCUCCAUCUGUCUUGCCUCUUUUCUUCGAAACAGAGGCCCUCCCCGAGAAGAAGCAACAGCCCCGACAAAUUCAAACGUCCGACACCACCGCCCUCCCCCAACACGCACUCAGGGGCGCUCCCUCCGCCGGCCCAGCCGAUGGUCCAGUCCAUGUCUUCUCCGGCAGCUAUGUCGCAGCAUGCGGCACAUCCCCCCUCCCAGCCUUAA